AUGUACAACAGAAAUGUGGCUUUACUGGGUACUGAGUCCAUUUAUCAUUUUACUUUUUAGAAACUUACCUACUCCAUAGCUAUUAGCGUGCCACCCACUGAAAAGUCAUUUUUCUAACCAAAGGUAGUAGCUCAGCUCAGCUGAAAAAAGAAUACCAGCGUAGGCCUCUUUUUAAAAAAAAUUAUAAUUUUUUUUAAAAAAGAUUACAAUCUGUUUUUCAAGUUUUUAAAAUGAUUUAUCCACAAAAGUAACCAUUACAGUCUAAGGGAAUAUUUGUAGAUAAAUUAUUUCAGACGUUUGUGACUGUGAUCAUUUGAAGAGCUUAUCCAAAAAUAUUCAAUUGAGGGCUUUUUCAGAAUGUUUUUUGUCACUUGAUAACUUGAUUUAAAGUUUGUCACUUGCUUGUCCAGUAUGCUCAAUAUAGCUCACUGUUCCAUAUUUCCCUACGUCUCAAAUAGACAAGUGUAGGCAGUGGCAGGGCAGUUCUCAAAAAAAUUAGGUGACUUACUAAUAACAAUGUAUGUAACUGAAAUGCAAUUUAGAAGAAAAACAUUGUAUCUUAUUUACACAGACUGAUUGCUGAACACAGUUAUAGUAGUUUAAACACACAUUUCGGUGUGAGUGCAAGUAAUAUUGCUGUAGAGCUUUGAUGUAAAUCCAGAUACACCAAAAAUACUCAACUCCUACAAAAGAGAGACAUUAGGAUAGAAAAGAGGGACAGAGGGAUUUGAGCCCAAAAUGGGGACUGUCCCUCCUAAAUCGGGAGGUAAGCUGGUCACUGAAUAAAUAAAAAAACUCCCUUCCUAGCUUAAUAUGUGUAACUAGAUUAAUCUAUUGAUUCAAACAGGUGUUCAGUAGGUAGUCAGAUGUCCAGCAACUAAUCCCAUUCCCUUUACCAUAAUAAUGUUUCCAAUCCCUUCAGAAGAGAGGAAUCCUUAUAAUAUGAUACGGCUCCUGCUUCCGCCAUGUGUAACAGAUGGGAUGGUGUUGACUUGAUGAUGUUCAGUGUUGGACUUCCUCCAGGUAAAAUGCUUGGAAUUUAGCUCAAAACGUUACAAUCUCUGCAACUAAACUCUUUCAUUUCCCACAGGAGGUUAGCGGCAAUCUUGUCUAGGCUUGUUCGUUUUAGAUGUCAUCCUACAGCUACAUGUAUUAUUUUGUGCAGUUAUUCAAUUCUCUAACAGCAGGAUUAAGUCAAAUGCUUCUGACAUGUGAGGAAUUUAUAGGAACGUCUCCCUCUGAAACAAAAUAAAUUUGUAGGCUUCAUAAACUUUCAAAAACCUCUUUAAAAAUACAAAUACUAGAAAUUGGGUUCAUAGAUCAAGUCAUCUGUCCGCUGAAGUAAAUACUUAAAUACAAUUUCAAGGACAAUCACAUGGUUAUUCACUAAAGUGCAAUAUGUUGGGAAAUCAAAGUAAAUUAAGAGUGGUUUUCCUAAUUUAGGCAACAAUAGUUGACUUUUAAAACUCUCUGACUCAUUAUUUUUCACUUUAAAUUUUCUAAAAGGAACAUAAACUUAAAUAUGUAUUACUGACACUAUAGUAUUAAGCUAACUAUUUAGGUAACUGGCCCCCUUAUUUUGCAGUUGAUAGUGAGGAAUUUUCUCUGUCAGGAAUUUUCCCUUGCCAUGGCCUUUUGUAUCAAUUUGCAACUCUCUGUAUUUCUCCUUGUCCCCAAACCAGCUGGCGAGGAGCCCCCACUGAACGAUACAAGACAAGGUUCAGAGUGACUUCUGAGUGUUUAAUGAGCUGUGUAACAGCAGUGGCGGAUCCAGGGGGGUGGCAACGGGGCAAUAGCCCCCCACCCCAGAAAUCCGCCGGUCUCCCUCUCCCCUGCCAGCAGCACAUGCAGGUGCUAGCCCUGCAAUGUGCCUGCGGACCGGGCGGGGAGAUCAGAUAUCUCCCCCCCGGUCCGCAGGCACUGUGCUGGCGGCCGGCGGGGGAGGGAGGGAGUGAGAGAGAGGUCCCGGAAGCUAAGGCUGCAGCUCCUCCGGGUCCUCCUCUCGUGAGAUUUGGAGCGUUGCCGCGGUUACCACGGCAACGCUCCAAAUCUCGCGAGAGUGAACUCUAGCCCUGGAGCGCGGGCUAGAGUUCACUCUCCCCACUGGGACCUCCAAUGAAUCGCCCACGGACGACGGACCACCAGGGAAAUGUCCUCCCUCCCCCCCCAGUAAAGGUAACAAGGGAGGGGGGACAUAAUGAAUAGUUAUAUUGAAUUAAAUUAAAAAAAAAUAUUAUAAAAAAAAAGCCCUCCUACCCUUAUCACACACACACUCUACACACACUGCCCCCCCAUACACACACACACUGCCCCCCAUACACACACUGCCCCCAUACACACACACACCCCCAUACACACACACUGCCCCCCAUACACACACACUGCCCCCCAUACACACACUGCCCCAUACACACACUGUCCCCAUACACACACACACUGCCCCAUAUAAACACACACCCCCCAUACACACACACUGCCACCAUAACCCACACACAACCAGGCCCCUGCACUACACACACUCCCCCCACCACACACACAGUCCACCCCAUACACAAUACACCACCCAACCCACCACACACCAACACUGCCCAAACACACUGGUGAGGCACCAAACAUCACCAAGUCACACACACCCAGUGUAGUAACCAGCAUUGCCCCAUACACACACACUGCUACACACACACACACACCACCCCCAUCAACACAAACUGCCCCCCAUACAAUCACACACUGCCCCCAUACACACACUACUACACACUGUGUGUGCUUAAACCUCCCCACUGUGAACUGGAGGCCUGGUUGCUUGCCUGCUCCCUUUGGACUAUGGCCCUGCAGGUUAAACCGCUUAUUUCCCCUGCAGAAAGGCUUAUUUGUGUGAUCUGAGUGCCAUUCAUCUAAUAAUGUGCACUCAGAUCCCAGCUAUCUGGGGAUAUGUGAAAUGUCUGUGUGUUAUGUGUAAAUGUGACUUUAUGUAUUUUAAAGUGUUUUGUGUCUUUUUGCAACCAUGUGCUUAAUGGAGUCUUGUGUCUGUCCUGGGAGAUAAUUGAAUUACUUAUCUCCAGGAUAGAAGACUCUGAAACUGGUUUGGGCCAGAAAGCCAUGCUUCAUUUAGUCACAAAGGACUUUUUACUAACUUUUGAACCCCUUGUCUGAUUUGUGCCAUUCUUGAAUAUGUUGUUCCCCUGAAUGGAUUGAUUGUGAAUAUGUAAUUUUAUGUGAAUGUGAUGUAUGGUUUUGGAGUUAUGAAAGUUGGGUAGAAAGUAUGUUUUAACUGUAUGUAUAAUUGAGUUUCCUCUCAGGAUAAGGGGAGGGAAUAUGUGGGAUGUAACUGUGAUGUGAUUGGUUGUUUUAUACCUCCCUGUGGGCGGUCCUGUAUUUGCAAGACUGUAAUAAAAACCAGGCUGGGUGUGCCAGCACCGGAGUUCCUGUUUUAACCCUCAAAGUGAAGUGUCGUCUCAUUAUUGGGGGAAGGAUUUAUUGUAUGCUGUUCCAGUUUGACUGCUAGGAGAGUAAACCUAUUCGUAUGGUUCCUAUUCAACUGUCUACAGCAUUCACAUGCUUGAGAACAUUCAUAUGCUCCUACGGUUCGGUGGUUGUGGUGUCUGCUGCAGUGCUUGGAGUCCUCAGGAAGCGCUAGGAGCAUCCUUCAACGGAGGUACCACAUACACUACCCCCCAUACUACCCGAUACACACACACUACCCGAUACACACACACUGCUCCCCAUACACACACACUGCCCCCUCAUACACACACACUGCUCCCCAUACACACACACUGCCCCCCAUACACACACACUGCCCCCCCCAUACACACACACUGCCCCCCCAUACACACACACUGCUCCCCAUACACACACACUGGUGGAGACGGCGAGACCCCGGCGCAGCUGCAUCGCUGGAAGUGGGGUCUGCAGUGCUGAUGGUGUCGGUUGGAGUGCUUGGAGUCCUCACCGAGCACUAGGAGCUUCGAUUGGCGGAGGUACUUGGUCGGAGUGCCAGCGGUCCGUCACAAAGGUCAUUUACAUAGUGAAGGGAACAAAAAGGGGUAUAUUUGUUGAGUAAAGAGGUAAUGUAGUGAGGAGUGGAGUUUGUGAGGGCUUUGUAGGUUAGUGUUAGCAGUUUGAAUUGAAUCCUGAAGGGUAUAGGAAACCAAUGUAAUGACUGGCAAAAGGGUGAGGUGUGGGAAUAGCAGCCAGUCUGGAAGAUGAGCCUGGCUGCAGCAUUCAUUAGAGACUAAAAAAAGGGACAAUUUAGGUAUUUUUGAGGCUGACGAUUAGUGAGUUGCCAUAGUCAAGUCGGGAAAUGAUGAGUGUAGCAAUAAGUGCCUUAGUCGUAUCUUGAAUUUAAAAAGGGUGAAUGCGGGCAAUAUAUUGAAUUAAAUUAAAAAAAAUAUAUUAUAAAAAAAAAGCCCCCCUACCCUUAUCACACACACACUCUACACACACUGCCCCCCCAUACACACACACUGCCCCCCCAUACACACACACACACACUGCCCCCAUACACACACUGCCCCAUACACAACACACUGCCCCCCAUACACACACACUUCAUACACACACCUGCCCCCAUACACACACUGCCCUCCAUACACACACACACACUGCCCCUAUACACACACUGCCCCCAUACACACACACUGCCCCCAUAAACACACACUGCCUCCAUACACACACACCGCCCCCAUACACACACUCUCCCCCAUACACACACGUCUCCCAUACACACACCCCACACACAUACACUCAACUGACACACACACCACCCCAUACACACACACCAAGUUCCCAUACACACACACACCAAGCCCCCCAUACACACACUGCUCCCAUACAUACACACACACUGCCCCCCAUAUACACACACUGCCCCCAUACACACACACUGCCCCCAUACACACACACACUGCCCCCAUACACACACUCCCACACACAUACACCACCCGGACACACAAACACUAACCAUACACACACACUGCUCCCCCAUGGGCAAACACAUUGCCCCCCAUACACACACACUGCCCCCAUACACACACACUGCCCCCUAUACACACACACUGCCCCCAUACACACACAAUACCCCCAUACACACACACACUGCCCCCCCAUACACACACACUACACACAUACACUACCCCCCAUACUACCCGAUACACACACACUACCCGAUACACACACACUGCUCCCCAUACACACACACUGCCCCCCCAUACACACACACUGCUCCCCAUACACACACACUGGUGGAGACGGCGAGACCCCGGCGCAGCUGCAUCGCUGGAAGUGGGGUCUGCAGUGCUGAUGGUGUCGGUUGGAGUGCUUGGAGUCCUCACCGAGCACUAGGAGCUUCGAUUGGCGGAGGUACUCGGUCGGAGUGCCAGCGGUCCGUCACAAAGGUCAUUUACAUAGUGAAGGGAACAAAAAGGGGUAUAUUUGUUGAGUAAAGAGGUAAUGUAGUGAGGAGUGGAGUUUGUGAGGACUUUGUAGGUUAGUGUUAGCAGUUUGAAUUGAAUCCUGAAGGGUAUAGGAAACCAAUGUAAUGACUGGCAAAAGGGUGAGGUGUGGGAAUAGCAGCCAGUCUGGAAGAUGAGCCUGGCUGCAGCAUUCAUCUAAAAAUGGGACAAUUUAGGUAUUUGUGAGGCAGAUGAUUAGUGAGUUGCCAUAGUCAAGUCGGGAAAUGAUGAGUGUAGCAAUAAGUGCCUUAGUCGUAUCUUGAAUUUGAAAAGGGUGAAUGCGGGCAAUAUAUUUAAGAUGGAAGUUACAGGACAUGGAGACAGAAUCGAUGUGAGGAGAAAUGGUAAGACUUGAGUUGAAGGUAAUACCAAAGCAGUGAGUUUGAGGGGAUGGAGUAAUAAGUGUCCCAUUGACUUGCAGUGAGAUUGAGGGAAGAGGACUAUUUGAGUUAAGUCUUAGAAAUAUAAAGCUUCAGAAAACGGGAAGACAUCCAGUUAGAGAUCUCAUUAGAAGUUCUAUGGAGUAUCAGGCAGUCUUGCUAGAUCUCCAUAGACCACUGCUUUAUACUUUGGUGGAUGCACAAAACAGUGAUGCAGGUUCCUGCCAGAUGAAGUACCAGGAGGUGAAGACUGACCCCAGAAGGAAGAUGAUGCAUUCAUGAGUGAGGGCUUCGGGUAAGUAUAUCUCCAUUUAGCAACUCCAUCUGCCAUCACACCUCAAGUGAGCAUGCCACUUGAGUGGAUCUUUGCAAAAGAUAAUGAAAUUGAAACAACCUAUAGUAUCAUUUUCAGGGUCUUUGCAAAACUAACCUGAUGUAGCUAUUUAGUAUCAAUAUCAUUCAUAUGCCAAUGGUAAAACAGAUAAGAAUAUAUGCAUUAAAGGGACUCUCUAAACAAUGUAGUCUCUGCUGCAAGCUAUAGGUUUUAUAUUGGAUAGGGUGCCUGAGCAACAUCCCAUGUUUCGGAACAGUUUGACACUAGAGAUCUUCCUUGUAUCCGGAGACUGUCCCUCUCCUUGGCUGUGUUGAUAAUGCAAUACCAUUUUUGUCCAACCUGGAUGACAGUGAUUGUCUGAGAGUGCUAGAGUUCAUAUAGACCAUGUGAUUGGUUUUGCCAUGCUUGAACACUAGCCUCCCAAUUCAUUCCAAUGGGAAAGCAUUGAAUUGGCUGAGAUCACCAAUCUCAAUAAUCUCAGCCAAGGAGGUAGGACAGAAAUGCGGAGACUGGUGCCCGGUGGGAGAACAGGUAAAUCAAAGUGCAUUUUACCUCCUUACAAGUGGAGUCCAGGGAUCAAAACAUUUAGCAGGGCACUAUAGCGAUAGAAAUAAACGUUUGUGUUCCUAUUUCUAUAGUGUUCCUUUAAGAGUUUGGGAAGCAAAGUCUUUAUAUAGACGUUGGGAAAUUUGCAAUGCCCCAAUCCCUCGGCCUUCUAGUUGCUGUUCUGUACUCAAAAGAUAUCUUUUUAUAAUGUGUUUUUAUUAACGGAAAAAAAAGUUUUAAUGUGAAUGUUGUAAUCUUCCAUUUAACUUUGCAUGUCUGGCAGCUUGGCAUGCCCUGGAAAGUGGUGACCUUUGACUCUGCUAGCAAAUACUGUCUGAUGAAAAGCACAUGCCAGGCUUCUUUUAAUUCAAAACUUUGCCACAACUGGAUAUCUUCCUACCUUUUACUUUUACACCAACAUAUAGGUCAUCAUCUACUGUAAUAAUCCUUAUUCUGCAUUUGGUUUUCUAUGAUAUUUCUCUGUUUUCAUAGGUAUUAAUUUCUCUGUUUUCAUAGGUAUUAUUCAGAUUAAAUGCAAAUUCCACAAUGUUGUAAAUGUGCCUGUUAAGGGAGCAACGCAGAAUAAAUGCCUUUAGGACCACAAAAAACUCUCUGAGGUAAGUCCACAUUGUACUGAGUAAAACAUUUUUCAAGAUACAGAAAAAGUCAUCAUUGAAUAUAUAAUGCAAUGAAAAGUCUCUAGAAAUAUUCUUCAAACUAGACUUAAGACAAGAGAUUAUUUAAAAAGAACAAAAACAAAACAGAACAGAAUUAUUGUUCAUAUCUGUUGCAUUACUUCCUCUAUCAAUGCACUGCUCUGGCCUUAAUGAGCGAGUUGCUGUGUCAGGAAAUACCGCCUCCUGGUUAUCUUCAGCUUUCCCGAACACACCGAAUGCACCAAUUGGGAGGCUAAUGCUAUGAAGCAUACUUAUACACUGCAUGCCCCUCUAUUCAUACUUAUUUAUAUUACUUCUCAAGUCAUUUCCUAUUCUGCCAGUGCCACGUCAUCCCUGCAACCCCAUUCCCACACUUUUUGGAGUCGCAGGGGUGACAUGGACCAAUUAGUGUAAACCAUAUAGCUCCAUUUGUCAUUGCCCAUUUUUGGGCUCCUCUUAUAUUGUUCCCUGAUUUUCUGGUUGUUCGAUAAUGACUUGUUCACAGACUCUUCUGACUUCUCAAAUCCUGACUUGGUUAGUCAUAUCGUAUUUUCAUAUUUCUGGUAUCCUGAUUUUGGCUUGUUUUACAGUUAUCCUUUCUCUCAUAUUUACGUUAAACACAGCCAUUCUAAGAUCCAAUAACAUGUCCUUCCUCUCUACAUAUUUGUGACAUAUACUUAGUAAGUUGCAUAGAGUAGCCAUGACAAUUUCUCAUCUGCUAAUUUUCAGGUGCGGGGUGUUCUCCCGGAAUCUGGGGGACAUAUUACCAUUGGUUUUACAAUUUGGCGGCCGAAAUGUUAAUAAGCCUUCGUUCUUUGUUUGAGAUUAGAUAUCUGAGAUCACUUCUCUGGAUGUUGACUGCCUGCAUUCUGUCGACUGUUGUCAUUCUCAUUUUAUUCAACCCAUCAGGUGAUUUUAAAUUAUUAACUAAAUCAUUCAUUUACUUGGAUGUUGGACCUUACUAUUUAGAAAAUGCAAUCAAUGUUUUUACCUUAAAGUCUCUGGGGGAAGAUAUAUCAAACAGUUGUGUUCUGAAAAGUGCUGCAGAGAUGUAAAAGUGGUAGAGUCAAUAAUGAAAUGUUCCUGCUGCGUACAAUGGUUUCGAUAGUGAUUGUCUUUCUAUUACAACUUUCCACCAAUUUCCACUGUCUUCUACUUUGCAUUCUAUGCACCCUGUGCCAUACCAAAAAAAAAAAAAAAAAUUAAAUAAAGUAAUGAGGAUGUCAUGGAAAGCCAAUUAAAGUAAUCCAAUCAAUUAAUACAAACCUGUCCAUAAAGCUCUACAAUGUGUUUCAAGUACUUGUGAAAUAUAAUAGUCUGUGUCUGAGAUUUGGAGACACUGACUAUAAGCUGUAGCAAAAAAAUGUUUUUGGCGGUUGUUAAGUACACUCAAUCUUCAAUAACUUAUAAUAACUUAAAUGCAUUUCAUAGUUUAAUAUAUUUAUUCAUAUGCAUAAAGCAGAUAGGAGGGAGCACUACUAUGGCUAUUAUAAACAUGAAUAUGUGUGUAACAAAAUGUUCAGUAGACUAGCAGAACUUAAAAAACACUCUGCCGUGCUCGCCAUUUUCAUUGUUUCUCAUUUAGAGCAUCUAUGCACUGAUAUGGACUUAAUAGACAAACUUACAAAGGCAGAGAGGUGGAUGGAUAGGUAGAUAUGAACACAGGUAUAUUGUUAGUAAGUAGAUUGUAGAAUAAAAAUAGAUAUGCUGCAAAUUAAGACCUGUUCAAACUGCUUACAAUAUUUAAUAGUUGUGAUUCUUUGUACCUUGUUUCUAGACCUUAUAUCUGUGGUUAUCAGAGAAGAAGAGGCAGGUAAGAUUAUGUUUCAUUAUCACACAAGCUCUAUUUAUUCAGUUCUUUUCUGUGUGUUUUCAAAAUUCAAUUUUGUAAAAAAAGUACAUUUUCAAUGCUUGCAUGUUUCAUGAAAUGUCUGGGUUCUUUAUAUAAAGUCAGCUGUGAUAUUGAACUUUGUUACUUUAGUAGACUGUUAAAUUAAGUGUAUUAUCAUUAUUUUGGAUUAUUAUUAUUAUUAGACUUGUGAAUGGGAGAAAAAAUUGGUUCGGCUAAAUCACUUUGUCAAAAAAAAAAGAAAAAGAAAAUAGUUUGGGUAGUCCAAAAGUUAUCUAUGCUGCUGUUUGCAGUGACUGAGUAUCAUCAAUGGAAAAAAAUAUAUAUAAAUAUUAUGUGCACAGUAAACAGGGUAAACAGGCAAAACACAUUUGUUUUAUUUCUUAUGGGAUUCAUAUUUAACUGUAGGUUAUAACAGAAUGGCACAAUCAUAAAACAAAACAUGGCAACAAAGAAAAGAAUGAAAUCACCCCUGUUCAAAAGUCUGCAUACCCUUAGUUCUUAAUACUGUGUAUUGCCCCCUUUAGCAUCAAUGACAGCGCACUGUCUUUUGUAUUAGUUGUCUAUUAGGCCUCUAAUUAUUGCAGGUGGUAUAGCUGCCCAUUUGUUUUGGCAAAAUGCCCAUGAAUGGUCGUCUUGCAUGAACCGCACGUUUGAGAUCUCCCCAGAGUGGCUUCAUGAUUUUAAGUUCAGGAGACUGUGAUGGCCACUUGAGAACCUUCACCUUUUUCUGCUGUAACCACUGGAGGGUAAACAUGGCCUUAUGAUUAGGGUCAUUGUCAUGCUGAAAAGUCCAAGAGCGUUCCCUGUGCAAGAGUGCAAAUUGUCUGCCAGUACUUUCUGAUAACAUGCUGCAUUCAUCUUGCCAUCAAUUUUCACAAGAUUCCCCGUGCCUUUAGAGCUCACACUACCCCAAAACAUCUGUGAGCCACCACCAUGCUUCACAGUGGGCAUAGGGUUGCCACCUUUUUUGGAAAAAAAUACCGGCCAUGCUAAUUUGUAUAAUUAAUUAUACAUGCGUGACAUCAUAGCACACAAUGUACAUAGAACGAGAACAUUUGGAAGCAGAAAUUCCCUAAAUCACUAAUAAAAUACUUACAAUGUUUGUAUUUUGUCUAACUGUGUGUAUAGUAUUGUGUAUGUGAGGCAGUGUGUGUGUAUAUACUGUCUGGAUGAGUGUAUGUGUGUGUAUAGCAAUGUGUUGUCUAAAUGUGCAUAUACAAACACACACGCAGACUGCUAAAUACACACACAUAUGUAGACUGCUGAAUACACAUACACAGACUGCUGAAUACACAUACACAGAUAGACUGCUGAGUACACACACAGACUGCUAAAUAUGCAGAGACUGCUGAAUACACACACAAACUGCCAAAUAUGCAGACACUGCUGAAUACACAGACUGCUGAAUACACACAAAGACUGCUGAAUACAUACACACACACUGCUGAAUACAUACACACACAGAGAGACUGCUGAAUACAUACAUACCGACUGCUGAACACACACACACACACCGACUGCUGAAUACACACAGAGACUGCUGAAUACACACACAGACUGCUUAAUACACUCACACAGACUGCUGAGUACACACACACAGGCUGCUGAAUAGACACACACAUACUGCUGAAUACACACACAGACUGCUGAAUACAUUCACACAGACUGCUGAGUACACACACACAGAGACUGCUGAAUACAUUCACACAGACUGCUAAAUACAUACACACAGACUGCCGAAUACACACACACACUGCCAAAUACACACACACACUGCUGAAUACAAACACACACACACACAUACCUGCUCUCUGGACUCAGGUCCUGCUGCCAAUCUUCCAUCUGCUUGUCCUGUAGUUCCUGUUCCUCCAACUCCUCCCAUGUGUAUUCUGUUAGUGGAGAGGGCAGAGACAUGCAGCAAUCCCAUCUCAGUCCUCUCCACACAGCUCUAGCAGAAACAAGUUUUGCUAGCACGGCCUUAGAGCACUGCACACCCUGGUGGCCGGUGCUGAUAUUGCAGCACAUUCUCUUCAAAGAAAAAUACUGGCAAUCGUAUUGUCGGUAUUUUUGCAAUACCGGCACUGACCACACAGCUUCAAAUGCUGACUGUACCGGUAAAAUACCGGCCAGGUGGCAACCCUAAGUGGGGAUGGUAAUCUUUUCACUGUUGGCCUUGUUUACCCCUCUCCAAAAAAAGAGCUUCAUGUUGUGACCAUAAAACUCUAUUUUGGUCUUGUCACUCUAAAUUACAGUGUGCCAGAAGCUGUGAGGCAUGUCAAGGUGUUGUCAGGUAUAUUGUAACCAGCAGGGCCGGCCUUAGGCCUUUAGACGCCCUGUUUGAAAAAUCUUCACAGCGCCCCCAACUCGUCAUCCAUGUAUGAUGUAAUGUUUGUGUUGUCUGUGUCUUUGUGUUGUCUGUGAUAGUAGGUGUGAUGACUGUGUGUGAUAUGUAUGCUGUCUCUCUGUGUGUGUAUAUUUGUAAUGGGUGUAUUAACAGUGUGUGAUAUGCGUGUAUUGGUUGUAUGUGAUACACACACACGCACACACACACAGAGUAAGACGGCCAUACACACACAGGAAGACAUCCACACACACACAGGCAGACAGUCACGCACACACACACACACGCAAACAGUCACACACACAGGCAGACAGUCACGCACACACAGACACACACAAGCAGACAGUCAUACACACAGGCAGUCAUGCACACACACACACACAGGCAGUCAUGCACACACACAUGCAGACAGUCAUACACACACACACACACACACACACAGGCACACACACACACACACACACAGAGGCAGACAGUCAUAGACACAGGCAUACACACAGACACACACACAGUCAUACACACAGACACACAAAGGCAGACAGUCACACACACACACAGGCAGACAGUCAUACACACAGACACACACACAGAGGCAGUCACACACACACACACACACAGACACACAGACACACACACAGGCAGACAGUUCUUUUUUUUUUUUAUUCCGUCCGGCCAUGUGUGAGCUGUGUCGGCCGCAGGGCGCCCCCUGCUCCAUGGCGCCCUGUGCGGCCGCACAGCUCGCACACCUCUAAGGCCGGCCCUGGUAACCAGGCUUUUUUGUGGCAUUGGCGCAGUAAAGGCUUCUUUCUGGCAACUCGACCAUGCACAUUUUUGUUCAACUAUCGUCACAUUGUGCUCCUUGAAACAACCACACCGUCUUUUUCCAGAGCAGCCUGUAUUUCUCCUGAGGUUACCUGUGGGAUUUUCUUUGUAUCCAGAACAAUUCUUCUGGCAGCUGUGGCUGAAAUCUUUCUUGAUCUACCUGACCUUAGCUUGAUAUCAAGAGAUCCCCGAAUUUUCCACUUCUUAAUAAGUGAUUGAACGGUACUGACUGGCAUUUUCAAGGCUUUGGAUAUGUUUUUUAUAUCCUUUUCCAUCUUUACAAGGUUUCAUUGCCUUGUUACACAGGUCUUUUGACAGUUCUUUUUUGCUCCCCUUGGUUCAGUAUAUAUAGCCUGCUCAGUGCAUCCACGUGAGAGCUAACAAACUCAUUGACUAUUUCCACACACACACUAAUUGUAAUUUAAAAAGCCACAGGUAUGGAAAAUUAACCUUUAAUUGCCAUUUUAACCUGUGUGCCCCCAGACUGACAGGAGGAGAGACCACUAUGUGAGGUGGGGGGGGGGAUGGAGGAGAGACCACUUUGGGAGGGAAUGAGGAGAUACCACUAAGGAGGUAGGGGUGGUGGAGGAGAGACCACGAUUGGAGGGGAGGGGUGAGGAGAGACCACUAUGGGAGGGAUGAGGAGAGAACUCUAAGAGAUGUAGGGGUGGAGGAGAGACCACUAUUGUUACUAUGAAGGGGGGGGGGGAGGAUAGACCACUUGUGUGUCUGUAACAAGGCCAAACAUUCAAAGGUAUGUAAACUUUUGAUCAGGGCCAUUUGGGUGAUUUCUGUUAUCAUUAUGAUUUAAAAAUGAGCCAAACAACUAUGUGAUGAUAAAUGGCUUCAUAUGAUCACUAUCCUUCAAUAAAAUAAAUUUUUUUGCAUUAUCAGUAAUAUUUUCAAAAUCAAUUCCAAAAUUUCACAAGGGUUUCAGGGUAUGCAAACUUUUGAGCAACUGUAUAUUUUUAUUACAUUUAUCAAGAGAUAAAAGGUAUCCAACAGAGGGAAAAGAGGACACAUACAGGGAGUGCAGAAUUAUUAGGCAAGUUGUAUUUUUGAGGAUUAAUUUUAUUAUUGAACAACAACCAUGUUCUCAAUGAACCCAAAAAACUCAUUAAUAUCAAAGCUGAAUAUUUUUGGAAGUAGUUUUUAGUUUGUUUUUAGUUAUAGCUAUGUUAGGGGAUAUCUGUGUGUGCAGGUGACUAUUACUGUGCAUAAUUAUUAGGCAACUUAACAAAAAACAAAUAUAUACCCAUUUCAAUUAUUUAUUAUUACCAGUGAAACCAAUAUAACAUCUCAACAUUCACAAAUAUAAAUUUCUGACAUUCAAAAACAAAACAAAAACAAAUCAGUGACCAAUAUAGCCACCUUUCUUUGCAAGGACACUCAAAAGCCUGCCAUCCAUGGAUUCUGUCAGUGUUUUGAUCUGUUCACCAUCAACAUUGCGUGCAGCAGCAACCACAGCCUCCCAGACACUGUUCAGAGAGGUGUACUGUUUUCCCUCCUUGUAAAUCUCACAUUUGAUGAUGGACCACAGGUUCUCAAUGGGGUUCAGAUCAGGUGAACAAGGAGGCCAUGUCAUUAGAUUUUCUUCUUUUAUACCCUUUCUUGCCAGCCACGCUGUGGAGUACUUGGACGCGUGUGAUGGAGCAUUGUCCUGCAUGAAAAUCAUGUUUUUCUUGAAGGAUGCAGACUUCUUCCUGUACCACUGCUUGAAGAAGGUGUCUUCCAGGAACUGGCAGUAGGACUGGGAGUUGAGCUUGACUCCAUCCUCAACCCGAAAAGGCCCCACAAGCUCAUCUUUGAUGAUACCAGCCCAAACCAGUACUCCACCUCCACCUUGCUGGCGUCUGAGUCGGACUGGAGCUCUCUGCCCUUUACCAAUCCAGCCACGGGCCCAUCCAUCUGGCCCAUCAAGACUCACUCUCAUUUCAUCAGUCCAUAAAACCUUAGAAAAAUCAGUCUUGAGAUAUUUCUUGGCCCAGUCUUGACGUUUCAGCUUGUGUGUCUUGUUCAGUGGUGGUCGUCUUUCAGCCUUUCUUACCUUGGCCAUGUCUCUGAGUAUUGCACACCUUGUGCUUUUGGGCACUCCAGUGAUGUUGCAGCUCUGAAAUAUGGCCAAACUGGUGGCAAGUGGCAUCGUGGCAGCUGCACGCUUGACUUUUCUCAGUUCAUGGGCAGUUAUUUUGCGCCUUGGUUUUUCCACACGCUUCUUGCGACCCUGUUGACUAUUUUGAAUGAAACGCUUGAUUGUUCGAUGAUCACGCUUCAGAAGCUUUGCAAUUUUAAGAGUGCUGCAUCCCUCUGCAAGAUAUCUCACUAUUUUUGACUUUUCUGAGCCUGUCAAGUCCUUCUUUUGACCCAUUUUGCCAAAGGAAAGGAAGUUGCCUAAUAAUUAUGCACACCUGAUAUAGGGUGUUGAUGUCAUUAGACCACACCCCUUCUCAUUACAGAGAUGCACAUCACCUAAUAUGCUUAAUUGUUAGUAGGCUUUCGAGCCUAUACAGCUUGGAGUAAGACAACAUGCAUAAAGAGGAUGAUGUGGUCAAAAUACUCAUUUGCCUAAUAAUUCUGCACUCCCUGUAGUAAAUAUAUAUAUGUAUAUAUUAUAUGGUUAUACACCUAUUUGCAUUGGAGUAGUACAUAACUGACAAUAAAAUACAAAAAUAAAAACUACAGCAAGCAAAAUAAACUUGAUAAAUUAAAGCCUUAACUUGUACAGUUCUUUACGUUCUUAAGAGGACUUAAAUCUGUGAUUGAUGUUAAAUUUGUGGAUUUAAAUAAAAAAUAUUAAUUGUUGUAACAUGUCUUCUUGAUCUGGAUUACUCACUAAUCGUUAAAAAUGAUAUAAUUCCCACCUAAUCUUUUCAAAUCCAUUAAAAUAUUCUGAUGCGGUUAUAUAAAGAAACAGAUUUGUGAUGGGUUGUAAUUCAUAUGAGUCAGACUACUGUCUAUGCACAGAUUUUUGAAAAUUAAAUUUGCAUUAGGAUGCUUGCAUUAGUUUUGGGUGAUGGUAGGUGUCCUCAUGCAUGAGGACGUCCACCGUCGGGCGACCAAAAGUCAUCUAAUGACCCGGAAGUCCUUCUAUUGGCUGUUUAGUAGACAGCCACUAGAGGUGAAGCUAUCCCACAAAGCUAAUUAUUGCGGUUAUCCAGUGCCGGUGCAUCCUAUAAGCUACUAUAGAGAGCCCCAGGUGGCUGCAGUACUGCCCGGGCUGGCGCGUCCAUUAGGGCCCACCAGUCUGGGGGCACAAGAUAUGAGGGAUCGGCAGGAGGGAAGCGCACAGCGCUCCAUCCUGUCAGUCCCUCAGUGUAGCGUGGUCGAGCUCCACUCCAGACCGCAGUACAGCAUCUGUUUCCUCUGGCCAGACUGACAGGAGGAGAGACCACUAUGUGAGGUGGGGGGGGCGGUGGAGGAGAGACCACUUUGGGUGGGGGAUGAGGAGAUACCACUAAGGGAGGUAGGGGUGGUGGAGGAGAGACCACUAUGGGAGGGAGGGUGGGUGGAGGAGAGACCACUAUUGGAGGGGGGGAGUGAGGAGAGACCACUAUGGGAGGGGGGUGAGGAGAGAACACUAAGGGAUGUUGGGGGGUGGAGGAGAGAACACUAUGAGGAGGGGUGGAGAAUAGACCACUAAGGGAGGUGGGGGGUGGAGAAAAGAACACUAUGUGGGAGGGGCGUUGAGGAGAGACCACUAGAGGUGUGGGGACAGAAGAGACCACUAAGGGAGGUGGGUGGGUGCAGGAGAGACCACUAUGGAAUGGAGGUGGCAUGGAGGAGAGACCAUUAUGGGAAGGGGGGGGUUGAGGAGAGACCACUAAGGGUGGGAGGAGAGGAGAGUCCACUAAGGGAGGUAGGGGGGUAGAAGAGGAGAGGCCUUUAAGGGAGGGGGGAAAGAGAGUAGAGACCACUAAUGGGGUGGGGGAUAGGAGAGAUCACUAAGGGAUAGGGGAGUAGAGACACUAAGGAGCAGGGGAGAGCUCUAAGGGAUGGAAGGGAGAGCUCUGAAGGAUAGGGGACAAGAGAGAGCUCUAAGGGAUGGGGGGUAGGAGAGAGCACUUAGGGACAGGGGAGCACCAAGGGAUGGGGGGUAAGAGAGCACUCUAAGGGACGGGAGGGGAGAGCUCUAAAGGACAAGAGGGGAGAGAGGCUGAGGACGUAGGGAAAGAGAAGCACAAAGGGGUUGGUAGGACUCAGCCCCUAUCCUACCACACAAACUCUCUAUUUUACACUACACACACACAAAAUGCAUCCCUAUACAUACACAGAAACACACAAUGCAUCCCUACACACAAAGAAACACACCAUGUAAACACACCAGUACUGAAGACCAUAUCUCCAGAAGGAGAAUUCAGAGAAGGGCUACUAAACUGGUUUAUGGAUUGCAGGAUAAAACUUACAAGGAAAGGUUAAAGGAACUUAACAUGUAUAGCUUGUAGGAAAGACCAGACAGGGGGAUAUGAUAGAAACAUUUAAAUAAAUAAAGGGAAUCAACACAGUAGUAGUAAGGAGGAGAGUAUAUUUAAAAGAAGAAAAACUACCACAACAAGAGGACAUUGUCUUAAAUUAGAAGGGCAAAGGUUUAAAAAUAAUAUCAGGAAGUAUUAGUUUACUGAGAGGGUAGUGGAUGCAUGGAAUAGCCUUCCAGCUGAAGUGGUAGAGGUUAACACAGUAAAGGAGUUUAAGCAUGCGUGGGAUAUGCAUAAGGCUAUCCUAACUAUAAGAUAAUUCCAGGGACUAAUGAAAGUAUUUUAAAAAAAUUGGGCAGACUAGAUGGGCCGAAUGGUUCUUAUCUGCCGUCACAUUCUAUAUUUCUAUGUUUACAUAAAGAAACACACAAUGCAUCCCUUGCAUACACAGAAAAACACACUCAAACACAAUGCAUAUCUUACACACACUCAAUGCACCCCUUACAGACACACGCACUGCAUCCCUUACAUACACAGAAACACAACUUGCAUCCCUUACUCAUACAAACACAGAUUCACACAAUGCAUCCCUUACACACAUCCAGAAGCAUGCAAUACAUCCCUUACACACAUCCCUAACACACAUACUGCUUCCACUACACACACACUGCAUCACCUACACAAACUGGUAUCCCUAUACACUACAUUCCAUAAGCACAUACUUUAGAUCCUCUACAAUAACACGUAACACAUCCCCUACACACUCCACUCCCUGGGAGCGAACUCAUGGGUGGAACAUGUAGGUGGACUUAUGCCUUAUGGGCAUACUCACCGUGAGGCCCUGGGGCCCAGACCUUGAGCUGUGUAAAAGGCCCCAAAAAUGGAGCUGCUUCUCUGAGAACAUUUUUUUUGACCACAGUUACAAACAGCCUCCAGAGAGCCUGUUCUAUAUCAGACAGGUGGAGCAAGACUGCAGCCAGAGCCCAUCAUUAUCCUCAUCUGGUUGUACGUAGGCAAUCUAGUAUAAUAUUAGUGACACUAAUUUCCAAUUUACCUCACAUUAAAGGGACAUUAUAGUCCUCAGAACCACUGCAGCUUAAUGAAGUGGUUCUGGUGUCUAUAGCCUGUCCCUGCAGGCUUUUUAAUGCAAACACACACUGUGUGCAGUACUGGCGUUAGUUCAUAUGGCAGAUCAUAUGGGUGGGGCAUUGUGAUGUUUUGGUUUUUUUGCCCGGCCUUGCGGUUAUCCCACAAAGCUAAUUAUUGCGGUUGUCCCGCCAAGUUUGUGAGAAGUGAAGCAUAUUGUUGCUAGGUAUCAUUUUAGCUCUGCAGAAUGCUUUGUAAUUUGUGUUUUAUGAAAAACAUUGCAUGACUAGUUUUUCCUAGGCAUGUGCAUGGGGAAAAUUUUUGGUUCGGUUCAGCAUUCCGAAAAUUGUGACUUUCGCAAUUCGGGACUUCAGCAAUUCGGCACUUCAAAACUUCGGAACUUCGGCACUUCAGCACUUCGGCACUUAGACCCUUCGGAAAUUCGGCAAAUUCGGCAUUUCAGCAGUUCGGAAUUUCGGAACUUCAGCAUUUCGGGACUUCGGCACUCCGAGACUUCUCUUGCAGCUGCUUAGUAGAUAACUCCCUAAUUCCCACGGUAUUAGGGAGUUAUCUACCAAAAAGCUGGAAGACCUAAAUUGGUCUUUCAGCCAAAUUUACUAAUACUAAGUAAAAAUGACUUAGUAUUAGUAAAUUUUGCCCCUACUCGCUAGGGUCUAGUAAACAGCUUGUGGCUGCUCACAGUGAAAAAAAAAAAAAAUGUGGUCCCCCCUCGACGCGCGAGUGGGUGCUUUUAAACGAAAGGGCCCCCCAGCCCCCACCCCUGAGCGGCGGGUGGGGGCCCUAACGUAAAAUGAUGAGGGGGAACCUAUUGUCCUCCCCCCCAGCCCCCACCCCUGAGCGGUGGGUGGGAGCCCUAAAUACUAAUAAGGGGGGGACCUAAUGUCCUCCCCCUUGGCCUCCACCCCUGAUCGGCGGAUGGGGGCCCUACAGUAAAAUAAGGGGGGCCUGAUGUCCUCCCCCCUGGCCCGCACCCCUGAGCGGUAGGUGGGGGCCCUAAAUACUAAUAAGGGGGGACACCUAAUGUCCUCCCCCCUGGCCCCCACCCCUGAGCGGCGGGUGGGGGCCCUAAAUACUAAUAAGGGGGGACACCUAAUGUCCUUCCCCCUGGCCUCCACCCUUGAGCGGCGUGUGGGGGCCCUAAAUACUAAUAGGGGGGUCCUAAGGUCCUCCCCCCUGGCCCCCACCCCUGAGCGCCGAGUGGGGGCCCUAAAUACUUAUAGGGGGGGACCUUUUGUCCUCACCCCACCAAUCAGAGUGCUCUGAGCCUAAUUGCAGAGCUCAGUCUGCGCGGAGCCCUCGCCGGGUGAAGAUGGAUUUUUUUCUUUUUGCGCUCGUUUUUUUUUUUAAAUUUCGUCGGUUAUUAUGGAUUUUUUAUUUGGCCUUUUUUGGGGCUGAAAAAAAGAAGAAUUUAGAAGAAAGAAAACAUCGAAUGGUAAGUUUUUAUUUUUUUACAGGUACUUAGUUAAAGGUCCCCCCCUCAUUAUUUUUAGGGUGAGGGGGGUAGGUAGGGAGUUAAUUAUUUUUCAGGGGAGGGGGUGACUAGGGGUUUGGGGACCCCUAGUCACCUGGGGGGGUUAUUUUUUUAUUUAGGGCCCCCACCCACGCCGCUCAGGGGUGGGGGCCCUUAUUAGUAUUUAGGGCCCCCACACGCUACUCAGCAGUGAGGGCCAGGGGGGAGGACAUUAUGUCCCCCCCUUAUUAGUAUCUGGGGGCCCCAACCCAUAGCUCAGGGAUGGGGGCCAGGGGGGAGGACAUUAGGUCCCCCCCUUAUUCCAAUUAAGGGCCCCCACCCGCCGCUCAGGGAUGGGGGCCAUGGGGGAGCACCUUAGGUCCCCCCCUUAUUAGUAUUUAGGGCCCCCACCCACUACUCAGGGAUGGGGGCCAGGGUGGAGGAUCUUAGGUCCCCCCCUUAUUAGUAUUUAGGGACCCCACACGCCUCUCAGCGAUGGGGGCCGGGGGGAGGACAUUAUGUCCCCCCUUAUUAGUAUUUAGGGGCCCAAACCCAUAGCGCAAAUUGUCGACGAACACCGCUGGGCAUUCGUACAUCCAAGAUGGCCGCCGCCUUGCGGUCGGCAUACGAACGACGACCACCUAGUCGGCAUUCGACAAUUAGGAAGUGUCUCUGGUUAACCACAACGUUCUGAUUAGGCCAAGAUGUUAACAAGCAGCACACUUCCAUUAGGUCCCCCCCUUAUUCCAAUUAAGGGCCCCCACCUGCCGCUCAGGGGUGGGGCCAGGGGGGAGGACAUUAGGUUCCCCCCCUUAUUAGUAUUUAGGGCCCCCACCCGCCGCUCAGGGGUGGGGGCCAGGGGGUAGGACAUUAGGUCCCGCCCCUUAUUAGUAUUUAGGGCCCCCACCCACCGCUCAGGGGUGGGGGCCAGGAGGGAGGACAUUAGGUCCCCCCCUUAAUCCAAUUUAGGGCCCCCACCUGCCUCUCAGGGGUGGGGGCCUGGGGGGAGGACAUUAGGUCCCCCCUCUUAUUAGUAUUUAGGGCCCCCACCCACCGCUCAGGGAUGGGGGCCAGGUGGGAGGACAUUAGGUCCCCCCUUAUUCCAAUUUAGGGCCCCCACCCGCUGCUCAGUGGUGGGGGCCAGAGGGAGGACAUUAGGUCCCCCCUUAUUAUAAUUUAGGGCCCCUACCUGCCGCUCAGGGGUGGGGGCCAGGGGGAGGACAUUAGGUCCCCCCUUAUUCUGAUUUAGGGCCCCCACCUGCCGCUCAGGGGUGGGGGCCUGGGGGCAGGACAAUAGGUCCCCCCCCAUUAUUUUACAUUAGGGCCCCCACCCGCCGAUCAGGGGUGGUGGCCGGGGGGGGGGGGGCAAUAGGUUUUUUUGUUUAACAGUGAGCAGCCACAGGCUGAUCACUGUUUAAUUGACAUGCUGCUACUCACGGUAUAGCGAGUAGGUGCAUAAUUUACUAAUACUAAGUAAUCUUUACUUAGUAUUAGUAAAUUUGGCUGAAAGACCAAUUUAGGUCUUUCAGUCUUUUAGUAUAUAGCUCCCUAAUAUCGUGUGAAUUAGGGAGUUAUCUACUUAUUCAUUCCUGUCAUUACAUUGACUGGCUAAGUAACUUACAUUUUAUAUGAAUGUAUGUUACUUGAUUGUUGUAAGUGUUGCAAAUUCUUCUUCUUUCACUGGGUAAGUAUAAUAGUACUUAGGCAAUACUGUGCUUAGGAACUUCGGCACUUCGGAACUUCGGCAACUUCGGAACUUCGGCACUUCAACACUUCGGUAAUUUCGGAACUUCGGGACCUCGGCAAUUCGGCACUUCGGCAAUUCGGACAUUCGGAAGUACCCGAAUGUGCUAAUUGCCCGAAAUUCAUCCGAAUUCAUAUUCGGACCGAAACUAAUUGCUCAUGUCUAGUUUUUCCCCUCUCUAAGUAAUUUAUUAUGAAGAUGCUAGGUCAUAUCAGUUUAUAUCAAGGAGUGAUCUAGGUACAGUAGUCCCAUACAUUUUCCCCAGAAGUUGUAGGGUUAAAUACACCUCUAAUGGAUGUCUUCCUGAUAGCCACUAGAGGUGCUUCUGCUGUACUGCAAAACACAGAAAAAGGUGACAGCACACACUUUAAUUUUCCAGGGUCUGAUUGUUGUUUUUCAAAAACGUGACUGUAGACACGGUGCUUUUUGUAGCCUCUUCUUAUAUUGACAAUGUGCUCACUAAUAUGGCUCUUAAAAGACCGAGAUAUUUUACCACUGGUGUAACUACCAUGGUUGCAGGGGUCGCAGCUGCGACAAGGACCGUCAUUUCAGAGGGCCUGGCUGCCUGUCGACCCCUGCGAUCAUGGGUACACCGGCGUAACUUCAGGGCCAGUGCACGAUCACACCGGCACGGGAUGCACAGUGACAGGGUAACCGGUAGGAAGGGAGCACACAAUACAGUAUUCCCCUCUUGCAGGUCUCUGUAGUAGCAUGGCCAAGCGGACUGUGGUCUAAUAGGAAGUGUUUACUGAGAGACUACUUCCUGUCAGACAUGGUACCGCAGUCUGCUCUGCCGUGGAGUCAGCUGGUACAGGGGAAAGGAGGACGGGGUAGAGACACAUGGAGAGGCUGGUGUUAGAGAUAGGAGAGACACAUGAAAAGGCUGGAAAUAGGAAAGACACAUGGGGGAGUGGGAAGGGAAAUGAGACACAAGGAGGGUAUGGGGGGAAUGAGACACAUGGAGGGACUAAGAGGAAGAAUGAGAGACGUGAAGGGGCUGGGGAGGGAAUAAGACAUAUGGAGGGCCUGGGGGAAUGAGACAUAUGGGAAGAUGUGGGAGAGACACAUGGAGGGGCUAAGGGGGUUGAGACACAUGGAGCGGGGUUGGAGACACACAUGGAGGGUCUAGGGUAAAGAGAAACAAGGAGGGCUGGGGAAAUGACACAUGGAAGGGCUGGGAAAAUAAUACAUGGAGGGACUGGGGGCAGGGUGGGAUGAGACACCUGAGAGACUGAGGGGGGAAUGAGACAUGUGAAGGGCCUGGGGGGGGAAGAGACACGUGGAGGAGCUAAGGGGGAAGAAUGAGACACAUGGAAGGGCUGAGAGGGAAUGAGACUCCGGGGCUCUGUAGUUUCUAGAUAUGUCUCUGUGUUUUACACACGUUUUGGUGCUCACAUGGGCAAGUGAGGAGGUAGAUAACAUUGACUGAAUGACAGGUGAUGAAGGAGUUGAUCUUAUAUGUUUUUUUUAUUAACAAAGGAUCUAAAGCUUGGUGUUGUCUUCUAUGUUUUGAUUUCAAUACAAGCAUUACAUAAACCACAUCUAAAAAAAACAACCUUUUUAGUAUCCUUAAAACUGUUUAAUAAAAUUAUUCUAAUUUGCUUCUCUUUGUUUUGGAAGGUAUCAAUUUGUGCUUGAAGUGUUUUGCUAAAAAUACAUUUAGGUUGUUGUCAUACAAAAUCUUUCAAAUCUGAGUCCUGUAACAAAAUAUGCCAGUGUUUGAAAAAUAUUUUUCUCACUGAUCCUAUAUUCCAAGAGUAAUUUAAAAUGAAUGGAAUCUCAGAUUCUUUUAAAAAUAAUUUUCCUCAUCUUUCCGUUUAUUCUAAAAGUGAUUGUCUGGACAUUUUUAAAACCCAAUCAAGUUCCUCUUACAAGAACUCUUUUUUAUAUUAUUUCUGUAAAAACUGAAUGUCUAAAAGUUUAGCUUGUUGUAAAAACUCACUGUACUCUGUAAGUGUUAUGGCACCCUGGGCAUAAAAAGGGUUAAAGCCGUGUAAGAUGUUCCCUUUCUGAAUACAAAGGCAGCUACCAAUCACUCCAAACAGCUGAACAGAAAUCAUACGAAUCAAUCACACCAUAAGAAUGCUCCAAACGGCCAAAUGGGAGAAAACCGUACGAAUAAAUCCCCAAAAAGUACGAGACAAAGCUCUGUAUUGAGGGUCAGCAGGAAUCUGGUUUAAUGUGGGCUACCUGCCCGGUAUUUAUGCAGGUCUUCCACCAGGUGGACACUCCCCUAAGGGACCUGGUGGAAAACUGGUAUAAAAUAAUACAGUAACCAGUCAGAGCAUGGUAGAGAUAAACACUCCCACCGGCAUAUUGUAAACCCUCCUCUCUAUCCUGGAGAUAAUUGGGAAGUAACUCAAUUAUCUCCAAGGAUAGAGGCUAAGACUCCAUUUUACACGUGGUGAUGAAAACACACAAAAAUAUAUAAUAUAAAAGCUACCGAACAAAAUAUGGGCAUUCGACACAUCCCGAAAUAGCUUAGAUCUGAGCGCACAUUAUUACCGAGUGGCCAAAGUCUUUCACAUAGUCUUUCGUUAUACGAAUGGGCUCCAUGGCAUAGCUAUCUGGGGUAAGUCCAUUCGUGCAGAAAAGUACCGAGUGGGCCGGCGUUCGUAUGCUGGAUGAACAGAAGAAGGGAGGUUGGUGGCUUCAGCAGUGUUCAUGAGAAAUAGUGUCUGUUUUUAGUUCCAUUAAAUUGUCGACGAACACCGCUGGGCAUUCGUACAUCCAAGAUGGCCGCCGCCUUGUGGUCAGCAUACGAACAACAACCACCCAGUCGGCAUUCAACAAUUAGGAAGUGUCUCUGGUUAACCACAACGUUCUGAUUAGGCCAAGAUGUUAACAAGCAGCACACUUCCAUGCUGGGUGGCCGGCCGUUCAGCAGUUGUUCGGUAAAAUGAAGAAAUAAACGUGGGGGCUGUAUGGACAGGGAAAUAGCCGAACAAACAGACGAAUGAAGGGAAAAUAAAAGUAAUUCACAGGCAGAUGGUUCUGUCACAAUAAGCUUUCUUGUUAUACGUGGCAGUUGUCCUUCAGGGAUAUUCUUAAGCCAUGGUGAGUAAUGGUAAAUGUUGAUCUCAAUUUAACAAUUGACAUUAACCUGUUUGAAAAACAUAUGCAUAUUUAAAACAUUAAUUUUUACACAGAUCUUAUGAUUUAAAAAAAUAAGUUUUGGGUGCUAAUAUUAAAGGAACACUAUAGUCACCUAAAUUACUUUAGCUAAAUAAAGCAGUUUUAGUUUAUAGAUCAUUCCCCUGCAAUUUCACUGCUCAAUUCACUGUCAUUUAGGAGUUAAAUCACUUUGUUUCUAUUUAUGCAGCCCUAGCCACACUUCCCUGGCUAUGAUUGACAGAGCCUGCAUGAAUAAAAAACUGGUUUCACUUUCAAACAGAUGUAAUUUACCUUAAAUAAUUGUAUCUCAAUCUCUAAAUUGAACUUUAAUCACAUACAGGGGGCUCUUGCAGGGUCUAGCAAGCUGUUAACAUAGCAGGGGAUAAGAAAAUAUUAAUUAAACAGAACUUGCAAUAAAGAAAGCCUAAAUAGGGCUGUCUUUACAGGAAGUGUUUAUGGAAGGCUGUGCAAGUCACAUGCAGGGAGGUGUGACUUGGGUUCAUAAACAAAGGGAUUUAACUCCUAAAUGGCAGAGGAUUGAGCAGUGAGGCUGCAGGGGCAUGUUCUAUACACCAAAACUGCUUCAUUAAGCUAAAGUUGUUCAGGUGACUAUAGUGUCCCUUUAAAAAUAAAUUUAAUAACCCACGUAUUUGAACUUAAAAAAAUCAAGGAAAAAAAAUUUAAUUCUCACUACUUCCUUUCAAACAGAAAAUAUAUUGUCAAUAUACUGCUUAUAGAGGACCAAGUUCGUGCCAAAUAUAGGUCCUCCAUAUAUAAACUGGGUUUUUCCAUUAGGACAUAAAUACAUGAGCAUAUCUUGGUGCAAACCUAGUCCCCAUAAUGGUAUCUUGCCACCGUAGAUAAAAAAACCCAAAAACAAUUGUUUCGUAAAAUCAUUUUUAUUUCUUCCAACCAAAACAAAGUAUGUUUCUCUGUAUAAAUCUGAGAUUUCCUUCUAUAGUGCCUUACAGCUUCACACUGUUUGUUGUGAUCAAUAAUGGUGUAUAAGCUAGGUACAUCACAUUCAAUGCUUUCCUAUGAGAAUAGGAUAAUUGCGGGGCAAAAUAUAAAAAAUUAUCUGACAAUUUGCUGCACAUGCACAUCAGUUACCCAAUGCUUCUCUAUAAGGAGAACUGGAUUGGACCACUGCUGAUGAGAGAGGCGAUGCCUUCUUGUUUACAACACAGUCAUUUAUGGAACACAGGUGGUGGGGGACCUGUAUAAAACUAGGAACAAGAGCACUAAAGUGUUAGGAAUGCAAGUUUGUAUGCCUAUACUACAGUGUUCCUUUAAUGUUAAUGUUAACCCCUUAAGGACACAACUUCUGGAAUAAAAGGGAAUCAUGACGGAAUAGUUCCGUCAUGUGUCCUUAAGGUGUUAAGCAGGUCAAGAUGAAUGUUCCAAGUGAGGUAGAUAUUUGUGAAGAUAUAUAAGAAAUGUAUUUAGCCCAAAGUUUUACAUUCCUGUUUUUAUAGUUGCAGAGGUUCGAUUAGUGAAUGGAGAGACCCGCUGCCAAGGACGAGUGGAAGUUUUAUAUAAUGGAACUUGGGGAACAGUAUGUGAUGAUGAUUGGGACAUUGUUGAUGCCAAUGUGGUUUGCCGACAGUUGGGCUGUGGCAAUGCUUUUGCGGUACCUUUUCGACUCUCUUUUGGCCAAGGAACUGGACCAAUUUUUUUAGACAAUGUUGACUGCAAAGGGAAAGAAAUUGCGCUGAGCCAAUGCAGGAGUCUUGGAUGGGGAAUACACAACUGUUACCACUACGAGGAUGUUGCUGUCACCUGCAAUGGUAAAAAGGUUUGGCUCCAGUUUCUCAUAGAAAAUGAUUAUAGGAUAACUUUUAUCUUUUAAUUAAUUAUCUAUUCAGUUACUAGCAUAUUUUAGUUAGGUUAAAAUGUAUUUAAAAACAAAUAUUUAUUGAACACAAACUGUGAAUAAAACAUAGCUAAAAACAUGCACUAGUUUUAGAUCAAAACUAUUCACAGAACUGCAAGCUGGAAUGACUUGUGGAAUGUCUUGAAAAAUGUUGUAAAAAAUAACAACUUGAAAAAAACUCCUGCUCUACAGAACUGAAUAUCAUUUUCUACAUCUACUACUUUUGCCUAAAAAACUAAAGCCCUGUAUUUUCCCACACAGUCCUAAAGGCACACCAACAUUACAAGACUUAGUCAUUGACCUAAUACCUAUAAUGACAGGGGAAAGAGGGAGGAGGGUAUGGGGUCCUCUCCCAUGGCCCCCUCCUAUAUCGGUCAGUGGGGGCCCUAAUUAAUUAUAAAAUGUGAGGGGCUGGACAUGUCCCUAGCCACUGAGAGAGAAAGGGGUGACACUUCUUAUUAUUUGGGGGAGUGGACAAUGGCAUAUCCACCCCCCCCCCUAAUUUAUAAUUAAUCAGGGCCCCCACCCACCGGCAUGGGUGGAGGACAGGGGAGGUGACACUAUAGUUAUAAGGGCCCCCACCUGCCAGCAUGGGUGGGGGCUGGGGGAGGGGACACUAGGUACUCCCCUUUAUUAGAAAUAUUAGGGUAAUAUUAAGGUCAUUUCACUAAUGCCCUUUACCACAUAAUCAUUACAUGUCCAUUGUUUAUCAGCAAUCCUGUUAUUUGGUUGAGGUGAGCAGAGCACUCACUCCAGACCAUGCCCUUUGUGGGGCUGAGUGGGUGUGACUAAGAGAUUCCACGCCUAACCAAAAGUAUUCCAAAUCUAUUAUUACUUAUAGUUUAAUUGAAACAAGAAGCAGUUCUCAGGAUGUGAUUUCAUAUCUUGGAACCUACUACCUACCUAAUGCGCAGUCACACGCCAAGGGAGGGAAAAUGGGAAUGUUAUGCUACUCCUCCAACACUAGAUUCCAGGUCCCACAAACUGGAGCCCCUGCCCUUUUGUGAGCUAUGGGAGAAUAAGAGAGAGAUGAAUAAUAAAAAUGUGUGUGUCUUUGUGUGUGUAUCAUUGUAUGUAUAUAUUUGCAUGUUUUGUAUGUGUUAGUGUGUCUAUGUAUGUGUACUAGUGUAUCUGUGUUCAAGUGUGUGUUAAUGUUUGUGUUAUUAUAUGCGUGUGUUUGUAAUCAGGUUGAUGUGUGGUAAGUUAUACUUGUGUCUGAAUGGCUCAUUGGUGUCUAUAUGUGUGAGGUAGAUUUUAUGUGUGAGAGUGAAAAAUCACAUAUGUGUCACUACUUGUUGUGUUGUGCUGUCUGUGUAUGUGGACAAGUGAGAGACAUGCAAAUGUGUCUUAUCCAGAGCAGUACAAACUGUAAGAAAGGCCCUGCUGUUAGUAGGGAAGUGCUGCUCUUGGCUGUAGCUUUCUCCAACCAGGGCAUCGACAAGAUGAAAUCAGCAACUAAACAUUAGAGGAACAUUCUACGCAAGCUUUAGUGGCUAAAUUGCUUAGUCUCUGGAGGUCAUCUUCCCAAUAUAAUGUUAUUUAAGAAUGGCUGUUACCGGUGCCAAGAGACUGCUCCCAUCUUGACUGUGGAUUUAAAACUUACUCGUUAUGAAUGUCAAUUUCAUCUAACCUUGACAACAUGAAUUGGCUGAUUUAGCAAACUAUCUUCUAAUUUGAAUGUGCUAUAAACAUAAUUAUCAGGCACAAUGUGUGACUGUUGAACUGCUCCUUCCUUGUUGGGGGUUCAGGGCAGGUGGUAAUAUUGGGAAGGGCAUGUUUCCUCCCCUACUGCUCUCAGACUCCAUUAUGUGGCUCAUGCAUCAUGCCAGGAUACACACUCUACAGAGGUGGCACUUAGGUUGGGGGCAUGUCAGGUAGGCAUGGCCAAGGCUAACCUGUGAUUGGCUGCCUGCCAAUAAGGAAGGCCCACUGGGAGACAGGAGAAGGGAGACACGAUAAGGGGAUGUGAUAGGAGGUGUGGCUUGUAGUCAGCACCCUAUUAAAACCUCCUCUUCACCUAUUGCUUUGCUUAGUUGUCUGUGUUCACUACACACUCAUUUGGCAUUUUUUGAUUGCUCGAUAUCUGGAUUUCCUGACCAUUGUGCUUGUUUUCCUGUUCAUGACCCUUCAAGUAGCAGCAGCCGAUAUAAUAUGCAACUAGCAAGGUGUAGGUAGCUAGAUCUUAUUGUCUCCUAUUACACUUUUAUAAUAACCAUUUUAGUGAGUAAUGGCUGGUCAGUAACACUUCCCCAAAACACUGCAAAUGAGCCCUUAGUCUGUAAAAACUAAGUAAAGUGGAAAAUAAAAGAUAAAACUUGUCACAAUAAUAUAAUCCGUAACUUUCAUAGAAAGUAGCCUGCUACACGGUACAAUUUUUUUUCUAAAUACAUGUAUGUGUUUGUUUAAAUUCCUUCUUCCAGAGUUUUUACCAACAACUGCUGCUAAGGUGCAGUCCACAAAAGCUGCCUCAACGUCCUUACAAAAUGGCCUAAGUAAGUAAAACAUGUAUUUUUGUUUGUUGAUGUAACAAUAUAGUAUAUGUAUAAAAUUUGUAAAUACAUGCCGGGACCCCAGCUAAGACCCCAACAUGUAAAAAGAGGAAACCAAUCUGCUACCUCACACUGAAAGAGUCUGUGUCUAAAACUGUGAUGUUCAUAAAACUCUUCAUAUACAGAGUACCAAGAGAUGACCAACCUGCUAGCCCUAUUUCUGCCCCCUGAAGGAGUUAACCAUAGCCCCAUAUUAUAAUGAAUUCCAGGAGAUACCCAGUCACUUCACCUUCUGUUUGCCUCUAGAGAUGUUAACAACUUCAUAUACAUAAGGCCCAGAGAUGUCCAGAUUACUGGCAGAAGGAGCUAACUAUUUUAUGCAUAGGGGCCCAAGAGAUGCUCAGUUAGGUGGCACUAUAUUUUCUCCUUGAAGAAGUGAACACCAUAAAGGGUUAGGGAGCCAGUCUCCUGGACCUGAAAGUAUUUCUUACUAUCAUACUCUGUGACUUAAGUUUCCAAAGCCUCUAGUCACCCCUUAUACAUAACCCUACCUACUUUCCCCAUAUUAAUAACAUUUAAUAGUGAAUGUAGUCAAGUAUUGAAAAUACUUAACCAACUGAAAAUUAACCUGUUAAAAAAGUAUUUUAUACUUACCGGUUGAAGUCUUGAUUGAAUAUCUUAUUUCAGCCAUCAGAAUGUCCAAGAAAAUCUAUUAUAUCUUGAUACAACUAUAUGAAAAUACAAAAUGGCCUUCUCCAUCUCAAAUAUUCAGUCAGGGGACCGUGAUUGUUAUGAUUAUUAUGACACCAGCAUAUUCCCCUGCACUUUAUAAUUAAUGAAAUUAGAUAUUUAGAUGUAAAAAGGCCCUGAUCAAACAAGCUUAAAAUCUAUGUGCUUGGAAGGCAAUCAAUUACAAUUUAUGCUGUGAUGAACUAGUUUUACUUCACCCGAGACUUGGCUUGUAAUGUUAUAGAAUAAGUCUCGUAUAAAGCUAAAAAAGGAAAACUGUGUCUUUGCUGUUGGAUUUUUGGUAGUAUGAUCUUAGAACUUGCAUGUAUCAUUUGGAAUUACAGCUCUUUGUGUACUAUGUAACCAGCAACAUCAUUUUUUUUUUUUUAGGAGAUGGUAGCAUCAGAUUGGUAAAUGGAGCAGACUCCUGCCAAGGAAGAGUAGAAAUCUUCUACAAGGGAAACUGGGGCACAGUAUGUGAUGAUGAUUGGGGAAUGAGCGAUGCCAGUGUUGUGUGCAGACAGAUCCACUGUGGUCAAGCUUUAGAUUACAAGAGCAAUGCUUACUUUGGUUAUGGUACUGGAUUGAUACUACUGGAUAAUGUGAAUUGUGAUGGUUCUGAACCUUACCUUUCUGCAUGCUACAGCCUUGGUUGGGGAAUCCACAACUGCGGGCACCAUGAAGAUGCUGGAAUUAUAUGUACUGGUAAUUCACAAAAAAAUAUAUACAUAGUAAAGAUAAUUUUAAGAUGAAAACCUAUGUACACCUUAUGGCAGUUUGCUCUUUCAUCAUGUAUUAUUAUUGUGACCUACCAUCCAAAAUAUGUAAAUGAAACGUUUAUACACGCAUGUUAAUGUGACCUGGUGAUUAGAAGAUUGGAACAUUAGGUCCCCUCUCAGCCUAUUCCCAUGUCUUUCAGUAUGUCUUAUGUAUAUACAGUCAUGGGAAAAAGAAAGUACACCCACUUUGAAUUCUAGGGUUUUACAUAUCAGCACGUAAUAACAAUCAUCUGUUCCUUAGCAGGUCUUAAAAUGAGUUAAAUACAACCUGAGAUGUACAACAAUACAUGACAUACCCAGCGUCAUGAUUUAUUUAACAAAAAUAAAGCCAAAAUGGAGAAGACAUGUGUGGAAAAACUAAGCACACUCUUACUGCUUCCAUAGGAAUUAAGAGUCUAAGUAACAGGCAGUUGUUUUAAUCAAAUGCCCUUGAUUAAUUGAUCAUCAGCAAGUGUGACCACCUCUAUAAAAGCCAAAGUUUUUAGUGUGUGUUAACAGAAUGCCAAGGGGGAAAGACACCAGCGAUGAUCUUAGAGAAGCAAUUGUUGCUGCCCAUCAAACUGGGAAUGGUCACAAGGCUGCUUCCAAACAAUUUAAAGUCUAUCAUUCUACAAUAAGAAAGAUUAUUCAAAGGUGGAAACAUUCAAAACCGUUGCCAAUCUUCCCAGGAGUGAACGUGCCGGCAAAUUCACCCCAAGGUCAAACUGUGCAAUGUUCAAAAAACCCAAGAGUUACAUCUCAGACUCUACAGGCCUCAGUUAGCAUGUUAAAUGUUAACGUUCAUGACAGUACAAUUAGAAAAAGACUGAAUAUGUAUGGUUGGUUUGGAAGGAUUGCCAGGAGAAAGCCUCUUGUCUCUAAAUAAAAGAUGGCAGCAUGGCAUAGGUUUGCAAACUUGCAUCUGAACAAAACACAAGACUUCUAAAACAAAGUCCUUUGCACAGAUGAGACCAAAGUACAGCCUUUUGGCCAGUGAUGUACACACAAUCCAUGGGGCCCCGGUGCGAAACUGAUCCGUGGGGUCCCCACUCCCCUGAUCCAUGCCCCCCCUAUCCCUCCUGACACAUACACACAGAAACACACAAACAUACACACAGACACACACACACAUACAUACACAUACAUACAGACAGACACACACAUAUACACACAUAGAGACACAGAGACACAGACACAUACAGAGAGACACACACACAUACAGAGACACACAUACAUACAUAGACACAGACACAUACAUACAUAGACACACACAUAUACAUACGUGGCCCCAUGGAUUGUGUGUACGCUACUGCAUACAUAGACACACACACACAUAUACAGAGACACACGUACAUACAGAGAGACACACACAUACAUACAUAGACACACACACACAUACAGAGACACACACACGUACAUACAGAGACACACACAAAUACAGAGACACACACAUACAUACAUAGACACAGACACAUACAUAGACACACACAUACAUAGUCACACACACAUACAUACGUGGCCCCAUAGAUUGUGUGUACGCUACUGCAUACAUAGACACACACACACACAUACAGAGACACACGUACAUACAGAGACACACACACAUACAUAGACACACACAAAUACAUAUAGAGAGACACAGACACACAUACAUAGACACACACACACAUACAGAGACACACACACGUACAUACAGAGACACACACAAAUACAUACAGAGAGACACACAAAUACAUACCGAUACACAUACAGGGAGACACAGGCACACACACAUACAGAGACACAUACACACACAUACAGAGACACAUACAAAGAGACACAGACACACACAUACAGAGAGACACAGACACACAUACAGAGACACACAGACACACAUACAGAGAGACACAGACACAUACACAGACACACACACAUACAGAGACACAGACACACAUAUAUACACAGACACACACACACACAUAGAAAAUGUUUCCUACCUUGUGACUUUCCCUGGGGUCCAGUGGGGGCUCAGCCUGAUGGGAGUCAAAGUUCCCACUCUGACUUCCUCCUCCUCCUCCUUCCUCCCGCUCUCAGUAUGCUGGGAGGAGUGACCGGGGAAUCACUUCCUCCCAGCAGUGAUGUAAUCACAGGGGGCCCGGUCGCGCUGUUAAAGCACCCAGCGCUGACUGGGCCCCCUUACAAUCCAUAUCCAUUGAGUGGCCCUGACAGCAUGGGCCACCCGAUGAACCCCUUAACACGCGGCCCCGGCGGUUUGCCGUGCAGGCCGGGGCCGCAAAACGUGGCAACCGGUACCCGGUCGCGGGGGUCCGCAGGGCGGCCGGGCCCCCCUGGAGUGACAACAAUGUGAGAGAUCGAUAAAGUCAUACAUAAACAUCCAUGGUUAGAUAGCUUUAAAUAGAUAUUGCAGAAGUGACUGUUCCACAUUUCCCAAAUGGCUGCAAAUGGACUAGGCUUUGGGAUCUGACAAGAGAUGUGAUUUUUCUUCAAACAGCUCCAAAACUAUUUACAAGAAAAUGGGACACAGCAUUCUAAUGUUAAUGACACCAUUAGCACUACAAUAAACUGCAUUGGCUAUAGUGCUUAAAGGGACACUGCAGGCACUUUAACCACUUUAUCUCAUUAAAGUGGUUUAUUGUCAAUAGUUCCCUGGUGACAUCUAUCGAUUCAGUGUUAAACCAUUUUUAAUGUUUUAGUGGUAAAUGAGAGUCCCCAGCAGCCCAUUGCUCUAAAACCACUAUAUUAAGAUCUAGUGAGUUUGUUGCUUAGGACUAGAGGUUAUGGCAAUACCUCUAUGUACUUGCAUGUUUGUAAUGUCAUUUGAUUCUCAAAGGUCCAAAACCACACCCGGUGAGGAGUGUCCCAUUUCCCAUUUUAAACAUGCUUAAUUCAUCAAACACCCCAUUGGCUCUCAAUCAAACAGCCAGGGAGGUCUCUUCCUGCCUCCGAUAGCUCCCCUGACCUAAUGGAAAUGGCUGGCGUGAUCUAGUUGAGUUCAUCUACCUCCCCCUUGCAAUACUUCUUUGGCUUCUUCUCAGAUCUCAAAUCAGGCUUCUUGAGAGAAGGUUCAGAGGCUUCUCAAUUAGUUAUUUCCCCGUGAAGAGUCUCUUCUAGGAUAUAAGGAGAGGGUUUGCAAAGGCUGCAGUUCAUGAGAAAUUCAGUUUUUGCAAACUCUUUUAAGCUCCACCUCAAAUGAAUGCAUGCAUGUAUUCAUUGGAGGCAUAUCAAUUAAACAGUGAUUUGUACUAUUUUGCCAAUUUUUGCAGUGGCCUGUCCCUUUAAGGGUUAAAGGGUUCUGCAUAUGCUGCUGCAUUGGUUUCAAUAAUAUUUUUUCUGUUUCUCACAAAACAUUUUAGAACAUUUCCUGAUAUAUUCUAUUUUUAAACACAAAGUUAUGUUAUGUGAUGGGUGACAUGUGCCCAGCUUCAUCCAUUCACGAGGCAGCAAUGUACUAUUGUACAUCAGACUAAGUGGCAUUCUACUGUUUUAGAAGGUCCUUCAAAAAAGAAAGAAAUGCUACAAUUUCAUAUAUUGCUUGUUCAGAUUGAUUCUGUUGGAAGUCAUAUUAUCUCUGACUUUAAUCAUGGAAGCUUCUCAGUAGAGCUUCAUAGCAUUUCACUUUAUAUGUAGCUCUUUCUCACUUAUUGUCUCUGUAUUGUGUCCUAGUUUUAAGAAGCACUUGAAACAAAUUACAAGUCGCUUGUUGUUAUAUAAUUAUACUUACCUUAGUGAGAUAUUAUUCCGAUCUAUUAAUAUAAAAUGGAGAGUUAAUUUUUUUCCCAGAAGAUAUUUUUUUCAUUCUUUAUUAUUAUAAUUUUUUUUAAAGAAGAAAUCCAUUGAUCUCUAUAAUUUAUUUUCUUAAAGGAACACUAUAGACCCCAUCCAUGAAGGAUUUAAAAAAAUCCUUUCAUUCACCUCAUACCACUGACGUCCCUCGGUGCAGAGUCACAAACCUCCUCCGCCAAAUGUAGCUGAUGGGGAGAUCUACUGCGCAUGCAGGGCAAGUGCCGUGCAUGUAUUAGGGCUUCCCCAGAGGAAAUAGAAAAGCAUUGUAUCAAUGCUUUCCUAUGAAGUUUUCCUUGAUGGUGGACGUCCUCAUGCAAAGCAUGAGGUGGUCCCGCGUCAUUUCACUGAGUCAAACAAUCUGCAACUGCAUGGAAACUCCUCUAGUGGCUCUCUGGUACACAGUUGAACACAUUGCAGUUUCACUGAAGUUUCUUCUCAAUGAGAUGAAGUGGUCUGGGUUCCUAUAGUGUUCCUUUAAUAAUAAUGACCAAGUAAAUUCCACUUAAAUAGGUCCAAAACUGCAAUUAUUUAUUGCUGUUAUUAUCCCUCUAAACUGACAGUGUAGAACGAGCUUCCAACUUCUCACAUAGAGAAGACAUGUUUUACUAGCAUGGCUUUGAAUAUUCUCCAUCCACUGCUGUGCAGAAAUUCUGGCUAGUUCUGCAGUAAUGUGCAAAGCUUGUCGUAUGUCAUGUAGAGCAUUUGCACUUUGAAAAAGGGCAUUCCCCUGAAACAAAUUUAUUUACCUUUGUUGUUGUCACACUAAAUUUGUAUAACAGGAUCUUAGUCUCAUUUCUUUAUUAGAGCGAUUUGUUUCACCAUAAAAUAAGAAAAUACCAAAUAUAGUGUAAUAAAUCAAAUUUAAUUAUACUAGGAAAAAAUACUAUAGGGAAUGUUUUUAUUCCCUUUUUCUGGUAUAAUUAGCUUUUAUAUAACGCAUUAUGUUUGGUAUUUUGUUGAUUUUAUGGUGAAACUAAUCCCUUUAAGAAAAUAAAGGUGCAGAAGAUACUGUUAUGUAGAGUGAUACCUGAACUAGUCAAUAUCCAUUCAUGAAGGUGGGGUGCUACCUUGAAGAUAUAAAAGUGUUUUUUUUGUUUUUGUUUUUUUUAACUGGUUGUGUGGCUCAGUCAUAUAUGAAUAUAAAUACAUGUAUUGCUCUCUUUUUUUUUAUAUUCUACACUUAAAGGUUCUUCAUGGUUUUUUUUUGAGAAAUUGAGACAAUGUAGACAAUUUGCGUUAUUAAGUUAAAAUAAACCUUGGUCACUCCACUUGCACAUUUGAUGGUACAUCACUAUGUGUUGUUGUAUAAUAAUAAAACACUUUGGAAGUGCCAGUUCCUCUUUAUUGUGAAAUAUCCUUUUCUGAAAUAGUACAAUUAUACUUUAAUGGCAAUUUUACGAAUUUGGAACUUGUAGUUAAAGGAAACAACUAAAUAUGAAACAUUGUCAAGCUAUUUUAUCCAGCUCAGCAAUUUCAGUCGAAAUAAUAUAAUUACUUUGUUUAUGAUUUAAUCCAACUUUUUUUUACAUUAAUAAUAGAGGUAUCAUGUUGAGGUACUGUUUAUCACUGAUUUUAGGUCUGGGUAUCUCAACCACAACACCGAACACCAUUCCAGUGUCUCAUGAUAUAGUGGAUUCUCUAACUGACACAGCAACAGGUAAGCAAUACAUUAUUUAUCACUAUUCAUCACCCUCAAAUAUACAUCUUAAAGGUCACAAUGUGUAAUGUUUUUUCACAGUUACAUGGGGUGGAGGUCAACCUUCUCCUGAAACUGAUCUGUUUACAACUGCAGUUCUACAGCCAUGGAAAAAAAGUAAGUAGCCUUUUUGCAAAUGCCUCCAUGACAUUAAAUAAUCUUGCAUCAUCAUUUACAUUCUUCUAUGAACUUACAUUGACCAGUUCACUGCUGAGCACUUUUUGAUUGAAAAAAAAGUAGCAAAAGCAUUUGAAACAAGGAAUGCAUAGCUAGCACAUAAACAUAUCCUUACACAGUGAUUUUGUGUAUACAUUACGUGGCAGACAAACAUACAAUUAUGUAGAUUUACAGAAUAUUUAUUUUUCAUUUAUUCAUGCAACCUUUAUAGAAAUAUAUUUGGGAAAUUAAAAGAUUUAGACAGUAUACAGUGUAUUUUAUCUUGCAAUAUUUUACACAGAAUCUGAAAUGUUAAUAUGAAAGGAGAAGUGCACUUCUCACAUAGAGGAGGUGUGACAAAAAUAUACAAAUAAAAAUGGUCAAAUACUUGCUUAGGGGCCAUAAAGGUAUUACUAGCAGUGCAGCUUUCUAAAAAAGUAAAAAGAAUGUCUGCAUUUCAGCAUAAUGCCCACAGAUAGUUAUGUCUUAUAUAUAAAAAAUAAAGGUACUUAAAACUCCUGUAGCAUUCUUUAUUAAUCUCUGGACUGCUAAUGUAAUGCUGACAGUGAAAUCGUACAGUACAUUCACUCCUCUGUGACUGUAGAAUGAUAAGAUUCAUUGAAACUUCCUGUACUGUUUGAAAGCAUGGAGUGAGUUUACAUUUUCAUUAACUUUACACUCAUUAUAUCAUUGACUAGCAGAUAAAUUCCUAUACAGACUGAAAAUCAUAACUAGAGUAUUAAAAAGUGUGAGCGAGGAUUUAUGAACAUGAUUGUAUACUGAAACAUACAAAACUCAGUUUUGGUAUUGAGCAUGUUAAAAAGCAACAAAAUCAGCAUUCCUGCAUCCGACCUAAAUACUAGUAAUACAAUGGAUACUUUUAUAGCUGGUAUUAGUAUAUCACAUUUAAAGGAUGUAUGAUUUUUGGCUCUUUAAUCGUUCAGUCCAAGAGUGGGCAACAUUUAGCAGUCCAUAUGUGAACUACAUCUCCCAUAAUAAUCUUGCAACCACAAUGCUGGCAAAGCAUUGCCUACCCCUGGUUUAAUCUCUGCCAUUCUCAGUAGAAAUAAAUGUAUAUUUGACAUCCCUCUGCUAGAACAAACAAACCUUUUUCUUUACAUAUUAUUGUUACAUUGUUCCAAAUUUUUACAUAUUUUAAAUUAUAGGUAACCAGAGCAUAUGGACUUCUCCUCCUUGCUAUCCAGUUUGGAAAUAUUUUUCAAGACAAAAGUGUUAUCUUUGUGCUACUUUGCCUCACUUACACUCAAGCAAAGUGUCCCUAAGCCUUUCUAUACUCAAAAGGUGGAAUGGGAACAUUUGCCACCAGUACCAAAUACAAAGUUGGCUGAAAGCAUUUAAUUCCAUUCAUGAAUUAACAAAUUGCAUCAAUCACUUAGAAAUGCAUCACAAGCUAUACCUAAGAUAGUAUCUCCUUCCAUCUCGAUUGCAUAAAAUAUACCCAAAUACAUUUCCAAUUUGUUGCAGACGUGGAGUGCAGACAGGUACAUUUGGCUGAGUUGCCCCUAAAUACAGCCAUAUUGGGAACAGGUGCAACAUCUGCUGCAGUCGGUCGGAGAGGUUCAGGUCCCUAUUUCACCUGACUAAUUUCUGUUUCUGCUAGUUCCCCCAUAGAUCCCUUCAGAGGUACAUGGCUUAUUUAUACUUAUAUUAAUUGUGGCUCAGAUAUGCGUAGUCAGGGCAUCGAAGCCACGUGAUCCUCCCACUCUGGUAAGCAUCAUAGACAGCAUUAAUGAGAGCAAAAUAUGGAACUCUUACCUAACCCUCUUUGCAUCUUCUGUAAGAGCACUAUAGCAUAGAUGGCAGGAAUAUAAUAGUACUAGAUUGAGCACUGUGGAGCACUGUGUAACCAUAUUACAUGCUUUCUAAUCUACAUUCUACAUUCUGUAACACCUGCCUUUGUUGAUUUCAUUGUGUUCUAUGUCUUAUCAUAAAACUGGACGUGUUUCUCCCUAGCUACUGCUGACUUGAGCUAAAUUCAAGUGAUUUCAAGCAAAAAUCCCUACUAAUCAAGAUUCUGAGAUCCAAGCUGACUCUUAAGCAAGCCAAGAGCAAGCUGUCCAACACAGACCGGACCCCCUUGUUGAGCAGCAGCCGUAUUCCUAUCAGAGGCCUACCUGAACAGACGCUGGUCGAGGCGUGAGCCGGAGGAUCUCCCGAGGUGGUGCCUGCCACAUAGUGCUUCACUUCAGGAGCCCUGUUCCCUCCUCCCCUCCUUGGACCGGCGGGGGUUAUCCCGGUCCCCACUGGGAAUCCAAAUCUAACAUUUGAGAACAGCACAAACAGAGUCCUAAAAGCUGCGUGGCGAAGCCAAGAUGGCCGCAGCAGUGGGUACUCUGCAUAGCAGACCAAGCCCUGAGAUACAGCAGUGGAGGGAAUCGUUUAAUGCCAGGUUCAAGGCACUCUGCCAGGAGUUCUGGCGUCGCCUUAGCACCAUGGCUAAAUACCCCUCAAGCUACAAUGCAGAAGCAAUUGGGACCUGACCAAGGUGUUCCAGACUCACAAGUGCCUUCCAACAUGGCUCCCUACCUACCUAUGAUGAAAGCCAUACGAGGCGCUGCCUCGAUCCAGCAACCACUUGCGCAGACGAACAAGCGCCGAAGGCGGACUGCACCAUUCAGAGCCUGUUCUCGUCCUGGAGGGUGUCAUGUAUUCAUCCGCUUAUAAAAAUGUGGUUAAUGACAUUUACUGUCCACACAGGAAAAGUUGUGCCGAGCAGCAACCAAAUCCACAGAAGGGUUAAUGCUGAGCAGCAAUUAUGCAAAUAGGAACCUGGUAACUGCCUUUGGGGUCAAAGGCCAGUUACAACCUAUCAGAUCUAGAGUAGGGAUAUUUAGGCCCAGUUCUCAUCCUCCUCAGUGCCAUGUCAUGGUUUCCCUUGUGGUUGUCCGAGAACGCUUUAUUGAUUUUGGUUAUUUGACUUUGGUAUUGUUUUUGACUUCCCUGUUUUCUGGCAUCCCCUGACUCCUGGCUUUUCCUUAUCGUUGUGUCUCUUUCUGUAUCCCUUGACCUCGGCUAUUCCUGACUAUUCUUUGGUACGUUAGUCCGGCCAUUCUAAGGUCCAGUAUACGUUACCUACCAGUCCUCUGUGUUACACAAUUCUACGUGCUGGAUCAUUCUGUAAUCCUGACAUUACGAAAUGGCCAUAGAUCCUGUAGAAUUGUGUAAGCACAUAGCUGUUUGUGAAAGGAAACUGGAGGAUAAUGAUCACCGCAUGGAUCAAUUUGCCCAGGCCUUCAGUACGCUUCUUACCCGAACAGCGCAUCUGCAACCUGCGGCCUCAUCUCCACCUUGUGUACCUCCAGCUAUAGUACACAUGGCACCUACUAUCUCCCUAUCUCCUCCCCUGCAUUUUGAUGGUAAUAUUCAAGAAUGCCAGAGAUUUAUUAACCAAAUGGAGUAUCAUUUUGAGGCCUCACCGGGAUCUUUUCCCACAGACAGAGCUAAAUCGGUUACCUAAUGAAUCAAUUAAAAGGUAAAACUUUAGCUUGGCCAAUCCAUUAUGGGAGAGUAAUAGGAGUGUGACACACAAUUACCAGGAGUUCCUUACGUUUGAACCUUUAGGCAGAGAGGAUGACGCCUCUACUGCCCUGAUGCACAUCAGACAAGGGAACCGGUCUAUCUCGAAAAAUGCCAUAGAAUUUCGUACCCUAGCUUCCGAGGUAGACUGGACUAAUUGUGGGUUAAUCUCUGCAUUUAAAAAGGGAUUAUCUGAAACUAUGCUAGAUGAGAUUGCCGCCAAAGACUUACCCAAAAAGCUUAAUGAAUUUAUCACAUUUGUCAUGCAGAUUGAUAAUAGAUUAAGAACCAGAGAAGCUACUAGAAACAAGACCAGAUGCAUGAGUAUGCAUUUAGCACCCCGUUUCUCCAGACCUAUUGUCCCUGAAAUUCCUGUACAGUCCGAACCCAAACCCAUGCAGUUGGGGGUCACUAGACUGUCGGAAGCAGAAAUACAUUAUAGAAGAAAAGAAAGCCUAUGUCUAUACUGCGGUAAGAAGGGACACAAUUGUCCCAUAUGUCCGGGAAACUACCGCACCUAAGCACCUUAAGGGGACAGCACCCUGAUGGAUUCAGGUGCUGCUGGAAACUUAAUCAACGUUUAAUUUGUCAAAGGUAAUACUAUACCUAUCAAAGAGAGACUAUCACCCCUAGCUGUUGAAGCUAUUGAUGGGAGACCACUCUCACAACCAUUGAUAUGCAUGAAACCUUACCCAUUAAUAUUUCCAUUGGUGCAUUACAUAAGGAAGAGAUUACAUUUCAUGUGAUUGCAUCUCCUUCUUGUCCUAUUAUAUUAGGAUUCCCAUGGCUUAGCAAGCAUAACCCUCAUAUUGACUGGGCUAAUGGGGAAGUAUUAGAAUGGGGUAAGGAUUGUAAUGAAAGGUGCAUAUUGCAUGUCACCAAAAGAGUGGGCACUAUUGAAUUACCCACUGGUACACCUCAAAAUCCCGAAAUCCCUAUACAAUACCAAGACAUUAAAGAAGUAUUCAACAAGACCCAGUCUAAUACUCUACAUCCUCACAGACCAUAUGACUGUUCCAUUAACUUACUACCAGGUGCUAUGUCACCUAAGGGAGCAGUCUAUACUCUAUCUCCUCAGGAGAGUAGUGUAAUGGAGGAAUAUAUUAAAGAUUAAUUGACUAAAGGCCAUAUACGAAAAUCAUCCUCGCCUGCUAGUGCAGGAUUCUUUUUUGAAUCUAAAAAGGAUGGUGAGUUGCGCCCAUGUAUCGAUUACAGGGCAUUGAACAAAAUCACCAUUAAGAACGCCUACCCCAUUCCUCUUAUUGCUGAAUUAUUUGACAGACUCCAGGGCGCUAAAGUGUUUACUAAGCUUGACCUUAUGUCACCUUUAGUAAGCUUGACCUUAGAACUAGCAAAUAUGCUAUAAAUAUGUUUAAUACCUAUAGAGAAACCAUGGAUAAUAUAUAUUUUUAGCCAUUGUAUAGAUAAGACAUUUACUAGUAUUAUUUGUCAUCAUAACAAUCUAUUUAUCCAACAAACUAUCAUAUACUUGAAAAUAGCAUUUGGAAUAUGCACCUAUAAUACACACUUUUCACAUAUUCUUUGUGUGUACACAUACAUCUUAGAAUAGGAUUUGUGCUGGUUAUUAUUAUUAUUUUUAAUAUUUUCAAGAAUGACUUGAAAAUGUUCAGUUUCACAUGCAUGGAUAGAAUUGUAUAAUAUCAAGCAAUAUAUCUAUGUAAUCAUAUAUGUUUUGAAAUAAGUUCUGUUUUUUAUUGGUAUAAAUUGUCUUUUAAUUGCUGUAUCAAGGAUGCAUAGUUUACUAUUAUUAUUAUUUUUUAUCUUGAAGGACGUUUCUACAUUAUAGGAUUUGAUGUGUGUAAAAAAAAAUAAUGUGUAUACCUUUAAGAAUUUAAAUGUGCUUUUCCCGGCAAGGUAUAUAACCGCCGAAUAGCACAUGAAACACCUAUCUUGAAAAAGCCCACUAAAGAGGGGCCAAACGCGUUGAUUAGGUGUUCAUUAACUUUUAUUUUUUUGUGUGGCUGCUAAUACCCUGCAUGUCAAGCAUUUUAUGCCAACCAGAGUUACUUUUGCAGAGAGGAGGAUUUCACCGAGCUCACAGCCUGCCUCAGUGCACGAGGCGAAUGCUGCUUUCACCUGCAAACCAGAAGGUACUUUUGAAGCAGAAGAGAGAAAAGACUGCAGCCAGAUAAGCUUUUAGUGUGGUCCUUAGAAAUAAGCACCACAUCUUUUUCCUGUAAGGGUUCCUAUGUUGGGGAGGGGGAUUCCCUUUUUGUUUUAAGACAUUAAAUACAGUAUUACACUAUAUUUAUUUUCUGUCUUUUUUAAGGGAUUUCAAGCAAAAGAUUGUGUCUCCUAACAAUACUGUGGACUUCCCUUCAUUUUGGACCCUGCUAUAAAUUACACAUAUUGGACUGUGAUACAAUUUUGUUUUAUGUUAUAUUUUUAUUGUUACAAUCAGAAAUAUUGAUACUUCUAUAUUCUAUACUGUAUUUCAUUGCUGUUUCCAAUUAUCACAGAUAUAUUUGCAAGUAUGUUCACCCCUAACUAAAUCUAAGGGGAUUAUUCACUAAGCACUGACAACAUAAUUCAAAAAAUUGACCUUAGAAGCGCUUACAAUUUAGUGAGAAUCAAGGAAAACCACAAGUGGAAGACUGCAUUUAAUACCAGAAGUGGACACUAUGAAUAUCUAGUGAUGACAUUCGGGUUGUGCAAUGCUCCAGCGGUUUUCCAAGAUUUCAUUAAUGAUGUACUCAGGGAUUACAUUUAUUGUUUGUCUUGGUCUAGCUGGAUGAUAUCCUUAUUUAUUCUCCUGACCUCCAGUCUCACCACGAUCACGUUAAACAAGUUCUGCAAACCUUAUUAAAAAAACAACUUUAUUGUAAAUUGGAAAAAUAUAUCUUUGAUCAGUCUGAAGUACAGUUUUUAGGAUAUAAUAUUUCUGCCUCUGGGUUUCAGAUGGAUCCUAAAAAACUAGAGUCUGUUCUACAGUGGCCUUUACCCACUGGGUUGAAAGCCAUUCAAAGGUUCAUUGGUUUCGCCAAUUAUUACAGAAGAUUUAUAAAGGGAUUUUCUUCAGUAAUAGCCCCCAUCACCAAUAUGACACGCAAGGGGGCUAGUAGUACGAUAUGGUCUAAGGAAGCAGUUGAAGCCUUUGAAACUCUCAAACAGCAGUUUGCCUCCGCCGACAUAUUGAUACAUCCUGACACCAGUAAGCCUUUCAUACUGGAGAUUGAUGCUUCAGAGACAGGGGUAGGGGCAGUUCUCUCCCAUCGGGAGAGCCAGGAAACUCUGUUACAUUCUUAUGGUUACUUUUCUAGAAAGUUGUCUCCUUCUGAGCGCAAUUACGAUAUUGGCAAUAGAGAAUUGUUGGCCAUUAUUCUAGCUCUCAGGGAGUGGCGACAUCUUCUAGAGGGUUCCAGGGACCUCCUUUUGAUCAUUACUGAACACAAAAAUCUGGCAGAAAUAGGAGAUGCUAAGCGAUUAUCUUCUAGACAAGCUAGGUAGUCUCUAUUUCUUUCUCGCUUUCAUUUUCUUAUCACCUACAGACCUGGUUCUAAAAAUGUCAAGGCCGACGCCUUGUCCAGGCAGUUUGAUACUGAGGCUAUACUAGAGCAAGAAAUAUCCCAUAUCAUUCCCCCGGAAUGUAUCAUUGCGUCCACUGUCCUUUCAUUGUCCUCUCCACUGUUUGGUUCCAUCAUGGAGGCUCAGUCUCAGGCACCCUGCGGUACACCUCAGGACAAACUGUUCGUUCCAUUGGGGGAAAGGGUUAAUAUCAUGAAGGUAUUUCACGACAAUGUGUCUGCUGGUCACCCAGGUAUUAAUAAAUCCACUUCUGCUAUCAUGAGGUCAUUCUGGUGGGAUUCCCUCAGGAAGGAUGUUAAGGAAUAUUUGCAGGCUUGUUCUGUUUGUGCAGUUUCCAAAGUGUCUCAUAAACUCCCUUGUGGCUUGUUACAACCUCUUCCUAUUCGAGGUCCUAUGGUCCCAUUUGUCCAUGGACUUCAUUGUUGAACUUCCUAGUUCUAACGGUUAUACUACCAGUCUCAUGGUUGUGGACCGUUUUCCUAAAAUGGCUCAUUUUAUUCCUCUCAAGAAAUUGCCGUCAUCUCAAGACCUGGUACUAAUCUUUAUACGAGAAAUUGUCCAUCUGCAUGGCAUUCCUCACAAUAUAGUAUCUGACAGAGGUUCUCAGUUUGUGUCUCGGUUUUGGAGGGCCUUCAAUAAACAAUUAGGGAUUGAAUUGUCUUUUUCAUCCUCUUACCACCCCCAGACCAAUGGUACAGCUGAGAGGGCUAACCAGUCCUUGGAAUUAGAUUUGCGUUGUUUCGUUAAUAGCACUCAAGACAAUUGGUCCGAAUUACUACCAUGGGCUGAGUUUGCUAGGAACAAUGCUGACCAUUACUCCUCUGGGCAUAGUCCAUUUUUUUGUUAAUAAUGGCCGGCAUCCUACUGUCCUACCGGCUGUUUUUUCUGAUACGGCUAUUCUUGCUUUGGAUGACCAUCUGGCUUCCAUCCGUGAUACCUGGGUUAAAGUUCAAUCUGCUCAGGGUACUGCUGCUGACCAUUUCAAGCAUUAUGCUGAUACACGUCGAGGUGCCAACCCUGUUUACCAAGUGGGUGAGAGGGUUUGGUUAUCUUCUCGUAACAUCAGACUCAAAGUCCCUAGCAUGAAAUUUGCUCAUAGGUUCCUUGGACCUUUUCGUGUCCUUCAUAGGAUCAAUCCUGUUGCGUACUCUCUGGCCCUUCCGUCCUGCUUGAAAUUUCCUAAUACCUUUCAUGUGUCCUUGCUCAAACUUCUUGUUUGCAAUAAAUAUACUGUCUCAAGUGUCCCUUCUCCUCCCUUAGUUGUUUCUAGACAGGAAGAGUAUGAGGUCUUCUCCAUAAUUGAUUCCAGGUUUUCUCGGGGCACUUUACAGUACUUGGUGGAUUGGAAAGGUUAUGGACCAGCAGAUCGUUCUUGGGUUCCGGCAUCUGAUAUACAUGCUGGCCACAAGAUUCACUAUUUUCACACCAAAUUUCAAGCCUGGUCCUGCCCACCCGGUGGGUGUUCUUCAGGUGGGGGGUAAUGUCACGUAUUCAUCCGCUUAUAAAAAUGUGCUUAAUGGCAUUUACUGUCCACACAGGAAAAGUUGUGCCGAGCAGGAACCAAAUCCACAGAAGGGUUAAUGCUGAGCAGCAAUUAUGCACAUGGGAACCUGGUAACUGCAUUUGGGGUCAAAGGCCAGUUACAGCCUAUCAGAUCUAGAAGGGAUAUUUAGGCCCAGUUCUCAUCCUGCUCAGUGCCUGUCGUGGUUUCCCUUGUGGUUGUCCAAGAGCGCUUUAUUGAUUUUGGUUAUUCUGGUUAUUUGACUUCGGCAUUGUUUUUGACUUCCCUGUUUUCUGGCAUCACUGACUCCUAGCUUUUCCUUAUCGUUGUGUCUCUUUCUGUAUCUCUUGACCUCGGCUAUUCCUGACUAUUCUUUGGUACGUUAGUCCGGCCAUUCUAAGGUCCGGUAUACGUUACCUAUCAGUCCUCUGUGUUACACAAUUCUACAUGCUGGAUCAUUCUGUAAUCCUGACAGAGGGGGAAAGAACUCGACCCCCAAGAAUGCCUGAAGCCGUGGACUUACAGAGCAGGCCCUCUUACAGGCCUGGGGUCAGAAGAAAUCCUCACACAAGCAUGGAGUCGUCGUCUUGUGCCCGAGCUUCCCUACCCAUACAAUGACUGUACUCUCAGUCCAGCACAAGACUGUGAAGGUGAAACAGAGCUUCUGCAAACUUUCUGUGCACACCCUGAGCUUGUCGAUUAGUGGAGUCGGCUGACCAUGCUUCCCUCACUGUAUGCUGGCCCAGACUCUGAGCCCCAUCUGAGUAUAGUGGACGCCAUUUGUCAUACUUGACAUGUUACCUUUCAUUUACAAUAUGUAACGUUUUUUGCCCAAUACGUUUCAAUAGGACCCAGUAGCAACAUAGCUUUAUAGUUUUAUUAGAUGUUCCAGCAUGUUUAACUGUUUUUCAUAAUUUUAAAUUUUAAUAAUUUCUACUUCACCCGCUAGGCAUGUUUACAGAUAGCCUGUUACCUAAUAACACCAUGCUAAUGAGCAUGCCUAUCUCGCCAUCUAUUUGCUCAUUUAUUUAUUUUUUUCCUCAUACUCCUGCCUCACAAGCAUAUUUUAUAACCCAUUCUCUCAUAACCAUUCACAUGUCUGGGUAGCUCACUUGACUGCAUAAUAUGUUUUUCUAUAUACUUCAUACAUGUUUGACUAGCCUGUGACUUUGCUACUUAACCAAAAAAUGUGUGCAGUAAUCUUCUAUGCCUUGUACUUGUUAAAAUAGGUAUCUUACAAUCCUUGUUAUUGCUGUUGGGGCAUUGCAAGAGCGUGUGUUAAAUAUUUGCACCAAAAAAAAAAAAGAACAAUUUAAAAAAAAUUAUAUGUUCAGUAAAUUGAGCAAAAUUAAAGUGAUGACUGCGUACAAACUAUAUGCAUGUUUAUUGCUUUUAUAGUUAACUUUCUCUUACCAUACCAGCAAAUUAAUUCAAAAACUUGCACCAAUAUUUACAAAGUCUGUAAACUUGAUAAAUAUAAAACUCCUAUUCAUAUUUGGUUCGUGCAAAUGUAGUUGUCCAUGAUUUGGUUUGUAUAAAUUAUAUUAAAAUGCACAAGGUAAAAAAAAUCAAAGGAGCACAACUAGAUGCUAAAUGUGUACACACAGUGCCACAUACAAUUUAUUUAAAUGUUUCCCCUUUAUCAAAGUUAGAACUGUCAUGAAGGACACUUCAUAAAGAUUUUUUAAUCUUUAUAAACUACGUAUAAAUGGCCAGAGGUGACACUUUAAGCAGAAAAACAGCUAACGGGAAGUAAAUACAAUGUAUAUAAAUCUCUAUAUACGGUAAUUAUAAAAUAAUAUUCUUCUCUCACUAUAUGUGGUGAAAUGCAUGCACUUUUUUUCAUACAAAAAAAACACUUCACAAAGCAACUAUACUUUAAUUCAGCCAUGUCUACUGACAAAGUCAAAAUGAAUGAAUGACAAUUUUUUAACAGCUGUUUGAAUAUCCACAGUCACUUGUGAAAAGAAUGUUUCAAUAAAUAAUAAAACAUUACUCUAGGGGGCGAUAACUGACCACUUUCCUUUUCAAAUCAUUUCAUUUAUCAUGACUCUUCUCUUGUUGGUAUACCAGAUCAGGGCUAUAAUUUAUUUAGAUUCACUAUGUAUCCAUCCAGAUAUUGCUCCCACCUGAUAUAUAUGUAUGUGUAUGUGUAUGUGUAUGUGUAUGUGUAUGUGUAUGGUAUUGAUCUAUUUCUAAUUUUUUGUUUCUUUCUGAUUAUGGGAACUUAAGGUAAAUUGGGUGUAAAUGUGACUUGCAAAAAAAUAAAUAAAAAAUACUAAUUAUGUAUAUAUUAAAUUGUUAUUAGACUUCCCAAUUUUAUACGUAAUAAUGCAAUUAUAUUAAUACUUUAUUUAAAUGCCUGCAUAUUGAAUUUUAGUCACAGUCUAGCAUUCUGUUCUCCUCAAUACAAUGUUACAAUAAUACAUUAUUAGAGUGCUGAUCAUUAUAGCAAAGAUUCUUAAAACCCCAUAAUCCAAACAAGGAUACUAGAGGUUUUGUGGAACGUAACUCUGCUCGGCUAAAACUGGUUGGAGUUAGAGUCCAAGACAUCCUGAAUCCAAAUGGCAACCUGUACCCUUAAUUGCUGGAACAAAUCUCGAUGAAUUGUGCUAAAUCUAAUGAUGAUUUUUGCUUCAAGGUGAAUUUUGAAUUUAAGGCCACAGUAGCCAGCUGAAAGUAUAGCUGGCUAAAAUCAUUUUUCCAGGUUUGCUAUUUGGACCUAUGAAAUUUGAAAUUCACUUUGAAUUCUUACUAUAGUAAAAAAAAAUGCUAUUUAUUAUGACACAAAUAUGAAACAAACAAAAAGACAGACAUUAGUUAUAUUCUUUCUCAUAGGUUUCUCAUAGGAUUGAUUUUCUUUUUUUGACAUUUGUUAUUUUGGUGUAUUUUUCAAUACAGUACUUGAAAACUGGUAAAGUGGUAGAAAAGAUCAGAUAACAAUGUGUCAAAGGUUAACAGUAGUACAUGUUGGUAUAACAAUAAAGUGGAAAGCUCCAAAUUCAGUGAACAAUUGGCUCGGUUGCACUGUGUUCUACAGAGUAGGUACUGUCGCAACUAGGUCAUCUCUACUUGUCGUGAGGCUCAUGGUAGGUUUGUAGUAGUUGGAUUUAGAUCCGGGUCAGUCGAGCCCCGCUGUGGGCUCUGUUGGUCAGUCAGAGUUGUAUUUAGUUAGAUGGAGAUACAGAGUAGAAGAUGUUUAGAGUCAAGAUGCAGAAUAGUAAAAGAGCAGGCAUGUGGCAUGGAAAAGGAAGGAAAAAAAGGGGGGAGGGGCAGGAGGAGAGAUGCAAGUGAUGACAGUCGUGGGGAUAUCACAUAGGCAGUGCAUGUGAGGCCUGUCGGGCCGUUAAUGCAAACAUUGGUUCACUCACACCUCCAUCCCCAUCUGCACGACUCACCUCCCCAUCGCAAGUGUAAAGGAAGAACAACCAUAUCCUCCAGGUCUCCUCAUAUCAGGCGGUACGGCCUUUCAGCAUGGCAGUGCUCUCUUCGUGUGUACAAAUUUCUUUCACAAUCUCCGACCAAGCCUGGUAGGUGUGGGGUCCGGCCUAUGCCAAUGUGUUAAUAUGAGAUAAGUCUGUGCGGGGCCAUCAAUAAGUGUUUGGUCAGCGACCGUUUGUACUUUGAUAUUGGGAGGUUAGUGUAGCCAUCCAUCCAUGAGCAUGUCUGAUGGAUGGAAGCGUAGCCCUUUGUUUGCCAUAGCGGUGGCCAGGCCAUGUCGAACACCUGUCUCCUGUAGGGAACCAGUUUUGGACAGUCCCAGAAGAUGUGUACGAUUGAUGCUUCCAUGCGCCGGCAUCUCCAGCAUCCGUGCUGGACAUCAGGUAGGAAUCUAUGCAAUAUUUGCAGGGGGCUAUACCAGUGUGUGAGAAUUUGAAAGUUGCUUUCUUGGAAAUACGUGCUUUGGAACUCCCUCUUCUGCCACUCUUGGUUUGAGAACAAUUCUUGUAGAGCUGUCUCCCAUUACGCUGCGGAUUUAAGUGGAGGUAGGUGAUCAGCUGAAAGAAACAGCUGAUACAUGUUAGAUAUACGCCUCAAAAUAAUUGCUCUUUUUUGGAGCAGAUCUUUUUGAAAGGUAGAAGUUGCCUGCAAAGUGACCGUGGGCAGGAGAUAGAGGAAUAGAAAUGUUUAAGUUGAUGGAACUGAAAAAGCUCAAGCAGGGUUGGGGCCUAAUCCUGAAAAAGUGUAUGCAAAGGUAGUAAAGUUCCUUCCCGGCAUAUCUUAGAGAGGUGGAUGUAUGGGCCUGUGCCUAAAAAUUAGAAGGGAAUUCAGGGUUUGCCGUCACUGGGUACAUGGGACCCUUCAAGGGUAUAAGGAAGAGUUUGAACCUCAUCAAGUACCAAACGGUCAGCAUGGACCCUACCAGGGGAUGAGAGUUCUUUGCCAUGGACUCCUCCAGCCACAAUGUUGAUGGAAGGUGGCCCUGUAUUAUUUUGGUCUCCAAGGAAGGCAAGACAUGACUCGAGGAAGUAUUAUGCCACUCCACGAUCCAUGCCAGGUGUGUGGCUCUGUAGUAGUCUUGAAAAGAAGUUAGACUCAAGCCUCCCUUCUGCUUUGUUCUGAUAAGAUAAUUCAUCCUAUGUUUAGGUUGUGUCCCUUUCCACACAUAUCGUAUCAUUGCCGUGUUCAAUGAGGAGAAGUGUGAUCUGGGGAGGAGUAUUGGGAUGGUUUGAUAUAGGUAUAGAAUUCUGGGGAGUAUUCAUCUUAAUGCUAUUUAUUCGCCCAAUCCAGAAGAUAUGAGGUAGGGCCCUUCCUCAUAGAUUGUAAGUCUGUUUGAGCAGGGCCUUCUUUACCUCCUGUGUCUUUUAUAUUCCAUAACUUAAUUACUUGUCAAAUAUUCCCAUUUUAUAAUUUUAAAGCACUGCAGAAUAUGUUGGUGCUGUAUAAAUGCUAAUAAUAAUAAUAAUAUUUCCAUUAGUAUUCACUUUUCAAGUCAAUACUUUGUAGAUUCACCUUUCACUGUGAGUCUGUUGGUUACAUCUAUGCCAGCUUUGCAUAUCGUUAUCAUGCAAUUUCUGAAAAUUCUUCUUGACAAAAUUGCUUAUGUUCUGUCAGGUGGGACGAGGACCGCAAUUGUCAAGUCUUUUCAGAGAUUCUUAAUGAGAUUGAGAUUAUUUUUGUUUUUUUAACAAUGGUUUUCUUCAUGCCAAAUGUCCUAGAAGCCAAGUUAGUGAAGUUUCCAGUUUAUAGUUCUUACGUGAAUAGUUUCUACCAUCUCAGCUGAGGAUUUCUAGCUCAAAAGUUAACAUUGACCUCUUGCAGGUUUCUCUAAUAUCCUACUUACUUAGUCACAAAGUUUUAGCGGAUGGUCUACUCUAGGCAGUGUCACAAGUCUAACAUAUUUCUUCCAUUUCACCAUUAUCGAUUCAUCUUAUUAAAGUGGUUUUACUGUCUUGAGUCUCUUUGCAUUGUCCUGCCAUUCAACAUCAAACCAUUUUCAAUUUUUUAAUGAUAAACAAGAGUCCCCAGCAACCAAUCCUCUCUGCUGCUUAGGCUAAUGAGGAAGCAAUAACCUGAGCCGCAAUGGGUGAAUUUGAUUGGCUGUAUUCCCCCGGUAUCACACUUUCAUUCAGCGCUAAAAGUUUUUAAUGUUUUAUGUUUUAAUGCUAAGUGUGAGUUCCCAUCUUCUCUGUACUUCUUGAACUAACAAGGAAAUAUCAGCCUGAGCACCAAUACGAACUGGCUGAGAGUGUCAACAUGGCGGCAUUCAGCCUAUCACAGUGCCAUUGCAGGUAUGAAUUGGCUACAAGGAAGUAUGUAAUCUCUGCCUUAGCCACACCUCAUGUAGGGGUAAAACUAUGGGAAGCCAGGGAUCCACAUUCCAAGUUAAACAGCUAAAAAAUGUCUUAAAACUAAAUGGAGGGACAGUGCCUGGGGACUCCAGACAUUUGAAUUAAUUCAAUUAGAUGAAAUGAUAUUGGUAUAUUGCCUACAAUGUCACUUUAAAGGACCACUAUAGUGCCAGGGAAACAUACUCGUUUUCCUGGCACUAUAGUGCCCUGAGGGUGCCCCCACCCUCAGGGACCCCCUCCCGCCGGGCUCAGGGGGGGGGAGGAAGGGGUUAAACUUACCUUUCUCCAGUGCCGGGCAGGGGACUCUCCUCUCCUCCUCCAUAGCGACGUCAUCGGCUGCAUGCGCGGCAGGAGCCGCGCGUGCAUUCAGCCAGAUCAUAGGAAAGCAUUCUCAAUGCUUCCCUAUGAGACAGCCACUAGAGGCUGGAUUAAUCCAUUUAUAAACAUAGCAGUUUCUCUGAAACUGCUAUGUUUAUAGAAAAAAGGGUUAAUUCUAGCUGGACCUGGCACCCAGACCACUUCAAUAAGCUGAAGUGGUCUGGGUGCCUAUAGUGGUCCUUUAAUAGGAUUUCACAGAAUGUUCAAUAUUUUGGAUAUAUUUUUUUUUAUAACCCAACCUUGAUGGUUGCUGCUCCAGAACUUUAUCCAAGAGUUAUAGUAAUAUUCCCUUAGUCUUUAAAAUGCUAUUAUUUAGAUAUUAUCUUUCAUAAACUCUAGGGCCAUAAAAAGAAAAUAAUUUAUUUAGAGAUAUAUUUUAUUUGCCCAUAUGUAGACUUCAUUCAACUAUGUGGCUUCUGAUAGCAAUUGGAAACUGGGACAAAUGCUCUAAACCAACAAAUGUCUGUUUUUAGUUUAAUUAACUUUUCUGCCAAAAUAAGAAAUACAUUGCUCUUUCAAAGAGCUAUAUGGUAUACUAAAACAAUAAAUAUAAAAAUAUCUAAAAAUUACUUUCUCAACUUUAACGCAACAGUACAAAUGUGGAAACACACAACAUGGUGGAAGGGGGGAGGAAGCGGAUCCUUGCAACUUGAAAGUAUGAGUCUAGGCAGGCAUUUCCAGCACUUUUGACUAAAAUAAUCCUGUGUACAUUUGUCACUGUUCUGACAGAUUAUUUGUGGAUGUGUGUAGCUUCAUACAAUAGAACUUGGCUAGAAGCAAACUGAAACACAGUGACACGUAUAAGAAAUAUGGCAUAACUUGUAGAUACACGGAACAAAAGGCUCUGAACACAGUCCACAGAGCUGUAGGCUCCUAGUGAUUGCAAGUACUAGAGAUUAAUUGUAGUAAUGUCAAAGCUGUAGGCCGGCAAAACAGCUUAUCUUGAGGGAUUUGAUGCUGGUACCUAAGCUGGUUCACUUUAAGAAGAACAGGGCUUUGUACACAAGGUGUCAUUAGUAUGCUAUAAUUAAAUUCAUGCUUUUGCAACAAAAAAGAUCACAUAAUGUAAUAAAUUCUAGCUGACUAAAGGUGCAAUUCUGUUCAGGGAACACUGUUAAUAAAUGUGCUGCCAAAUGGCUAUUUUUUAAAUGACAAGCAUGUAGACAUUUUACUGAAGGGCAUCAAUAAUUUUAAGGAAGCAGUAGAAGUCAGUUUUUUUUUUUACAAAAGAGUUGAUAACUCUUGGUGUCCUUUUUCUUGCCUCAAGUUCCCAGUAAUUGAACAAUAUGGCCAGGGUAACAUUAAUCUAAGUAAACUAUUGAGGUAAGUUGUGUCAUGGGUACCGCAAUUAUAAAAUGUACCUCAAUAUUAACUUGUAAGAUAAACAAACACAGGGCCUAUGAAGCCAAUUACAUUUGAACAACUCUGCUUUCUUUAGCACUGAUACGUCUAAAAUUAAGUGUCAUUAUCAUUUCCUAGAACUAUACAUCUUAUGGGAAGCUGACUUAAAAGAACACUAUAGGGUCAGAAAAACAUGUAUUCUUGACCCUAUAGUGCAAAACCCACCAUUUAGGUGACUUGCCCCCACUUAGCCCUCUUAAAAGUUAAUAAAACUCACCUUAUUUUCAGCGCCGCGCAGGUCUGCUGGUGCUGGUCCCGUCCCCUUGGUGACAUAAUCAGAAUUGCUGAUUUUCCAUGGGGAAAGCAUUGGAUUGGCUAAAAUCAGCAAGUGGGGGGGGGGGAGAAAUGCAGUUUUGGCCAAUCAGCACCUCCUUAUAGAGAUGCAUUAAAUUAAAGCAUCUCUAUGAGGAAAAUUCAGCGUCCCCAUGCAACGCGUGGAGAUGCUGAACGGCAGUGCUGCUUACUGUGUAGCACUGCCCCAGGAAGCACCUCCAGUGGCCAUCUGAGGAGUGGUCACUUGCAGAUAUCCCUAUGAUGAGUAAACACUGCCUUUUCUCUGAAAAGGCAAUGUUUGCAUGAAAAUGCCUGCAUAUAAUGAUUAAGCUGUAGUUGUUCUGGUGACUAUAGUGUCCCUGUAACUCCAAACACAGAACACAACUCCAAUGCUGCUUGUAUACUUGUGUAGUUUCCCAGGAUAUGAGUUGUACAUAUUGGUACUCAAUACUCUGAUAUAUAACAUUUAGACUUUAAUAAUUCUAAUGUAAGUCUGCUUUCAUCUUUUUGUCCUACAGGUGGCAGCAUUAGGCUGGUAAAUGGGAACAGUAGCUGCCAAGGCAGAGUGGAAGUGUUGUACCAAAACAGCUGGGGAACUGUGUGUGACGAUGACUGGGAUUACAACAAUGCUCAGGUGGUGUGCAGGCAGAUGGGCUGUGGACCAGCCAUUAUUGCUACAACCUUGAGUUAUUUUGGCUAUGGCAGUGGCCCCAUCCUACUUGACAAUGUUGAUUGUGAUGGUACAGAGAAAGAUCUUACAGACUGCUUCCAUCUAGGCUGGGGCCAGCAUAACUGUGGACAUCAUGAGGAUUCUGGAGUUAUAUGUCAAGGUGAAUAA